AUGACACAUGUGAUUUGCUGGAGGAAGGGAGGCACUGUGGGUUUAGAGAGGGGGGAGGGAGGACGGGAGAGGAUGGGGGAGAGAGCGAGAGUAGCUGCAGCGUCUGCUGAGGGUGGUGUGAUACGGUGGCCAGCCAGGCACAAACUAGGCCAAAUGCGCUUCUCCUUUACCCCCUUGCUGUCCUCGCUGAGCGUAAUCUCCCAGCGGUGGGGGGUAAUCACAGGUUUGCAGAAGGCAAUGUGAAAUCUGCCCAGAGGCCCAGACACCACAGACACACACUACGAGAGGCUAGUGUGCCCUGCUUCCUUAUUAGUGUUGCUGCUUUUCCUCCUGGUGUGUUGAAGUGGGCCUGUGUAUUGAUGCUGAACCCUAACCACUUUUAAAGCACCCUCCACGCUUGCCUUUUUCUUAACCAAUGAGAUCCUCCAUAUGUCGUUAGCCUAGAAACCAGCCAGUGCACUCACAUGGAGUGUGUGGAUGUGCGCAGCAUGCGUAGAAUGGGCUUAAAGUGGCUGUGGAUCUGCAGAGGUGACACUGUUGGGAGGAAGUGACUGGGUGGUCACAGGCAGUGAGAGUAAGAGAGAGAGAGAGAGCGAGAGGUGACUUUAAAUAGAAAAGGCAGAGCAGGGGGUUACUUCUGUGCUAACAGGCCGUAAUCUCAUGGCAGCAGAGGCUUAUUGCUGGGUACACUCUGCAGAUGGGGUGUUCCUCCCCCUUGACUUAAGCCUCAGAGGUCAGCCAACACCUUCCAUUCACAACGCCUAAGCUACCGGUAGGCUACAUGUACAGUAACCAAGGACACAGUAGGCCUAGCUACAUACUUUUUUUUUUUUUUACAUUAGUUUAUUUAUUGAGUAAAUAUUUUCUCAACUCUUAUUUUACUUAUUUAUUUACUAUUUUUAGUCAUUUAGCAGACGCUCUUAUCCAGAGCGACUUACAGGAGCAAUUAGGGUUAAGUGCCUUGCUCAAGGGCACAUCGACAGAUUUUUCACCUAGUCGGCUCUGGGAUUAGAACCAGCGACCUUUCGGUUACUGGCACAACGCUCUUACCCACUAAGCUACCUGCCGCCCUACAUUGUUAGUUAAGGGCUUGUAAGUAAGCAUUUCACGGUACGGUCUACCUGUUGUAUUCGGCACAUGUGACAAAUAAAAUUGAAUUUGAUAAGGAAAGAAACAGUACAUAUAUGGAAAAUUAACUAAAUGGACUCUACACUGUAAAACCGGAUAAGUUCUGGCUACUCAAACAUUUUGAGGAAACCAAUUACCCAAAAAAUUUUUUUUUAAGAAACUUAAAUAGCUUAAGUGAGCAGUACUACCUUCAUAUGAGUAAUACAAAUGCUAUUUUUUUGUAAGAUAUACUUACAUUUAAUGCCCCCACUAAGCCAUGCCUCCAAUCAUUUCCCAGUAUGCCUUUUCGAUUGAAUUGUAGAGUUACCACCCGUGACUGUAUUUUUUAGUGACAGAGACAUGGUUGUUAAAUUUCUUCAUUUUCAGUCCUGUGGCCUUCAGCAAGUGAGUUCCUAGGCGAAUUUUAUUAAUAUAAUUGAACCAUUACAUAUAUUAUAAGGCCUUAUACAGUGGCCUGAAACUCAUAGUUUAUAGGCCACGUCAGGCGUGUAAGUAGGGUUGCAAAAUUCCACUAACUUUACCCAAAACAAUUCUAGUAAUUUUCCAACCAGGAUUUCUGAAAAACCUGGAAAAUUUGCCAGAAUUUUGAAACCCUAACUGUAAAUCACAUUAUGCUGGCUUGCAAAGUGAUGUGUAAUUCCUGUCCAAUAGCUGAAAUUUGUAUUCACCCGCAACCUGCAUUGAUAAUGACUGCCAGGGUUAAGAACAGUGGGAGCAAACUACCUAAGCCAUUUAAACUGGAACAACCAUUUCAGUAACGGGUGCAAAAAUUCAAUGAUUGGAUUAGUUUAGAAAAAUAUAUAUUUGUGUAGCAUAACAGUUAUUCAAUCAAUCACUCCAUGUACAUGCAAAAACACAGCUAUUAAAAACAAUUUUUAAAAAUCUACCUUCAGUAGAGCAUGCUGGGAAAAAAGUUAAUUUGUUAUCUUUAAAAAAAAAAUGUUGGUGUGACUUUUCAUUUAGUUUUGAGUCAGUACCACAUACACAUUUUAAGUAAUAAUGACUUUUCAUUGACUUUGAGUACAACGUACUAGAAGUAUUUGAGUUCAAAAUGCCUUACAGUGUAACUGCUGCAUUGCGGUGGGAAUUAAAUAAAGGAAACUAACGUAUAUCUUGCUGUCUGCGUACCCCUCCAGCCACAGAGAUCUUGAGCUCACUGUGUCCCUAAUGACACAAAUAAGGCUGUGUAAGGCGACUUCUGUGAUUGGUCCAUCUGAUCAAGGUCAUUAUUGUUGAGGAUGAUGAUGUGGUGGAAUUGUGGGAUGCAGCGUUUGCCUGAGCAGCUCUUCAGCUGGCCUGUGCCCAGUACAGUAGUACUCUUCCUGGGCUAAAUAUAGCUGGCUCUGACCUGUGUGUGAGUGAUCCUCCAGUAGCUUAGUGUAAGGCUGGGUUACUAUAGGACAAAGUGCAGAGAAUUCCUAUUGGAUGAGAGGAUAGGCUAACCCUCUAACCCUGAUACAGAUACACUCUGGUGAUAGGCUAAUGACUAUGAUGGGCUGCCAUCAUUAGGGGAAGGGUCUACAACUGUUAGCCCCCUUGUUUACAUCCAAGCUUUCUUACUCUCCAACUUGGGGCUUGACUUCCUCAAAGGUUGAUUGGGUAUUUUACUUUUGUAUCCCACCUGGACAACGCUUAGCCUGGCCUAGUGUCAGCUGAUAUGGAAAGGUUCAGUCAACAGUUGGAUGAAAAACUUUCUCUAAUACACUAUUAGGCCUAUAAAGUCUCUCCCAAGAUUUUGUGAACGCUUUACGUUGCAUAGGCAUUGUUACAGAGUAGCUACAAUGUGAUGACUAAUGUGGUGACUUUACAUGACAUUGUAACAAGGACGUAAGUAGACAUGUAGUUACAUCAUCAAUCCAUAUCCGUGUGAUUAAUUCUGGCCCAGCCUGUUUGUCUCUGGUGUUUCAUGUUCAGUAUAUUAGUGAAAUCAAUGGCCGUUAUAACAACUGUUAAACAAGCACUUUGAACAGCAGGUUGACUGGUGUUUGUGUUGAGGUGGGUAGACUUCCCCAGACCAGAACUUUUAAUGGCUCUACCUUGAAAUCAAUAGCCUCAACAGUGUCAGCUAGUUUGGUGUCAUUAGAAUGAAUAAUACAUUGACACACAGACAAUGAAGCACAAUGUGAUCCCCUAAGAUGGACCAGUAUGCCAGUGUUGUUCAAGCAUGUACCCAUUCUUCAGGCUAGCAUGUUCGAUUCAACUAGCCUAAGACUAGUAAUUUAAAUUUAUUGGAAUGAAAAAAAUUACUUUCUAAAAAAUAAAUAAUGGAAAAGUGGUGCGUGCAUAUGUAUUCACCCCCUUUGCUAUGAAGCCCCUAAAUAAGAUCUGGUGCAACCAAUUACCUUCAGAAGUCACAUAAUUAGUUAAAUAAAGUCCACCUGUGUGCAAUCUAAAUGUCACAUGAUCUGUCACAUGAUCUCAGUAUAUGUACACCUGUUCUGAAAUGCCCCAGAGUCUGCAACACCACUAAGCAAGGGCCACCACCAAGCAAGCGGUACCAUGAAGACCAAGGAGCUCUCCAAACAGGUCAGGGACAAAGUUGUGGAGAUGUACAGAUCAGGGUUGGGUUAUACAAAAAUAUCAAAAACUUUGAACAUCCCACGGAGCACCAUUAAAUCAAUUAUAAAAAAAUGGAAAGAAUAUGGCACCACAACAAACCUGCCAAGAGAGGGCCGCCCACCAAAACUCACGGACCAGGCAAGGAGGGCAUUAAUCAGAGAGGCAAAAAAGAGACCAAAGAUAACCCUGAAGGAGCUGCAAAGCUCCACAGCGAAGAUUGGAGUAUCUGAAUAGUUGUUGUAAGGCAACAAAAUAGAAAAAAAUAUUUUACUGCUCUAGGGAUAUCAUUAUUGUUUGGAUAACCUUAUUUACUAUUAUGUAUUGAUUUUUACCUUAAAAUGUUUCACUCUAUGUGCGAUGCGCACUGCAGAGAACACUCAAAGAAGAAUUGUCACUGAAUUAUUGUAAUGUUUGUUUUUGUGUCAAUUAAUCCCAUAAGGGAUGGGUUGCCAAUUGGCGAUUUGACACGAAAAUGAAAUGUAAUUCAUUCAUUAAUUCAGUGUAGCCUACAGUUACCACCCACGCACACACACUGACUUAUAUUCAUAUCCCCCAGGCUACUACAGAGCAUCUACUCCGCCACACACGUUUACAGUAACACACACAAUCGCAAGCAUUCACAUACACAACAUGCACAGUCUCUCUCUCUGUUGCCUGGUAGCAGCAGGCUUCCCCUCUCCCACAGCGAUGGUGUGGCCAGGCAGGCUCAUCAGGGACUGUUGUAACCCAGAAAUCACACCAGCACGGAUUAACUCAGUCUGUGUCCCAAAUGACACCCUAUUCCCUAUAUAGUUCACUACAUUUGAACAGAGCCCUAUAGGUCCUGAUCAAAAGUAGUGGGAAAUUAAAGGGACUAGGAUGCCAUUUGGAAGCAGGAAAGGUCUCCCUGCCAGGGUCUGUAUAGCCGUGUCACUGGGUUAUGUAGCAAAGGGGCUAUUUAUACAGUGCAUUCGGAAAGUAUUUAGACCCCGUGGUCCUCUGUAGCUCAGCUGGUAGAGCACGGCGCUUGUAACGCCAAGGUAGUGGGUUCGAUCCCCGGGACCAACCAUACACAAAAAUGUAUGCAUGCAUGACUGUAAGUUGCUUUGGAUAAAAGCGUCUGCUAAAUGGCAUAUUAUUAUUAUUUAUUUAUUAUUUACCCCUUAACUUUUUCCACAUUUUGUUACGUUACAGCCUUAUUCUAAAAUUGAUUAAAUAGUUUUUUCCCCCCUUAUCAAUGUAUACACAAUAACCCAUUAUGAGAAAGCAAAAACAGGUUUUUCGAAAAUGUUUGCUAAUGUAUUAAACAUUUAAAACUGAAAUAUACAUUUACAUAAGUAUUCAGACACUUUACUCAGUACUUUGUUGAAACACCUUUGGCAGCGAUCACAGCCUCAAGUCUUCUUGGGUAUGACACUACAAGCUUGGCACACCUGUAUUAGUGGAGUUUCUCUCAUUCUUCUCUGCAGAUCCUCUCAAGCUCUGACAGGUUGGAUGGGGAGCGUCAUUGCACAGCUAUUUUGAGGUCUCUCCAGAGAUGUUCGAUCGGGUUCAAGUCUGGGUGGGCCACUCAAGGACAUUCAGAGACUUUUCCUGAGCAUGCUGGAGCACGUUUUCAUCAAGGAUCUCUCUGUACUUUGCUCCGUUUAUCUUUCCCUCGAUCCUAACUAGUCUCCCAGUCCCUGCCGCUGAAUAACAUCCCCACAGCAUGAUGCUGCCACCACCAUGCUUCACCGUAGGGAUGGUGCCAGGUUUCAUCCAGACGUGAUGCUUGGCAUUCAGGUUCAAAGAGUUAAAUCUUGGUUUCAUCAGACCAGAGAAUCUUGUUUCUUAUGGUCUGAGAGUUCUUUAGGUGCCUUUUGGCAAACUCCAAGCGGGCUGUCAUGUGCCUUUUACUGAGGAGUGGCUUCCGUCUGGCCACUCUACCAUAAAGGCCUGAUUGGUGGAGUGCUGCAGAGAUGGUUGUCCUUCUGGAAGGCUCUCCCAUCUCCACAGAGGAACUCUGGAGCUCUGUCAGAGUGACCAUCGGGUUCUUGGUUACCUCCCUGACCGAGGCCUUUCUCCCCUGAUUGCUCAGUUUGGCCGAGUGGCCAGCUCUAGGAAGAGUCUUGGUGGUUCCAAACUUCUUCCAUUUAAGAAUGAUGGAGGCCACUGUGUUCUCGGGGACCUUCAAUCAGGCAGAAAUUGUUUGGUAACUUUCCCCAGAUCUGUGCCUCGACACAAUCCUGUCUCGGAGCUCUACGGACAAUUCCUUCGACCUCAUGGCUUGGUUUUUGCACUGACAUGCACUGUCAACUGUGGUACCUUCCAAAUCAUGUCCAAUCAAUUGAAUUUACCACAGGUGGACUCCAAUCAAGUUGUAGAAACAUCUCAAGGAUGCACCUGAGCUCAAUUUCGAGUCUCAUACAGUGAUGGAAAAAAAUAUUUCAUCCCCUGCUGAUUUUGUACGUUUGCCCACUGACAAAGAAAUGAUCAGUCUAUAAUUUUAAUGGUAGGUUUAUUUGUACAGUGAGAGACAGAAUAACAAAAAAAAUCAAGAAAAACACAUUUUUAAAAUGUUAUAAAUUGAUUUGCAUUUUAAUGAGGGAAAUAAGUAUUUGACCCACUCUCAAUCAGAAAAUGUUCUGGCUCCCAGGUGUCUUUUAUACAAGUAACGAGCUGAGAUUAGGAGCACACUCUUAAAGGGAGUGCUCCUAAUCUCAGCUUGUUACCUGUAUAAAAGACACCUGUCCACAGAAGCAAUCAAUCAAUCAGAUUCCAAACUUUCCACCAUGGCCAAGACCAAAGAGCUCUCCAGGGAUGUCAGGGACAAGAUUGUAGACCUACACAAGGCUGGAAUGGGCUACAAGACCAUCGCCAAGCAGCUUGUUGAAAAGGUGACAACAGUUGGUGCGAUUAUUCUCAAAUGGAAGAAACACAAAAGAACUGUCAAUUUCCCUCGGCCUGGGGCUCCAUGCAAGAUCUCACCUCGUGGAGUUGCAAUGAUCAUGAGAACGGUGAGGAAUCAGCCCAGAACUACACGGGAGGAUCUUGUCAAUGAUCUCAAGGCAGCUGGGACCAUAGUCACCAAGAAAACAAUUGGUAACACACUACGCCGUGAAGGACUGAAAUCCUGCAGCGCCCGCAAGGUCCCACUGCUCAAGAAAGCACAUAUACAGGCCCGUCUGAAGUUUGCCAAUGAACAUCUGAAUGAUUCAGAGGAGAACUGGGUGAAAGUGUUGUGGUCAGAUGAGACCAAAAUCAAGCUCUUUGGCAUCAACUCAAUUUGCUGUGUUUGGAGGAGGAGGAAUGCUGCCUAUGACCCCAAGAACACCAUCCCCACCGACAAACAUGGAGGUGGAAACAUUAUGCUUUGGGGGUGUUUUUCUGCUAAGGGGACAGGACAACAUCAAAGGGACGAUGGACGGGCCAUGUACCGUCAAAUCUUGGGUGAGAACCUCCUUCCCUCAGCCAGGGCAUUGAAAAUGGGUCGUGGAUAGGUAUUCCAGCAUGACAAUGACCCAAACCACACGGCCAAGGCAACAAAGGAGUGGCUCAAGAAGAAGCACAUUAAGGUCCUGGAGUGGCCUAGCCAGUCUCCAGACCUUAAUCCCAUAGAAAAUCUGUGGAGGGAGCUGACUGUUCGAGUUGCCAAACGUCAGGCUCGAAACCUUAAUGACUUGGAGAAGAUCUGCAAAGAGGAGUGGGACAAAAUCCCUCCUGAGAUGUGUACAAACCUGGUGACCAACUACAAGAAACGUCUGACCUCUGUGAUUGCCAACAAGGGGUUUUGCCACCAAGUACUAAGUCAUGUUUUGCAGAGGGGUCAAAUGCUUAUUUCCCUCAUUAAAAUGCAAAUCAAUUUAUAACAUUUUUGACAUGCGUUUUUCUGGAUUUUAUUGUUGUUAUUCUGUCUCUCACUGUUCAAAUAAACCUACCAUUAAAAUUAUAGACUGAUCAUGUCUUUGUCAGUGGGCAAAUGUACAAAAUCAGCAGGGGAUCAAAUACUUUUUUCCCUCACUGUAGCAAAGGGUUUGAAUACUUAUGUAGGUGUGAUAUUUCUGGGGAGGUUUUCCAACAUUUCUAAAAACCUGUUUUUGCUUUGUCAUUAUGGGGUAUUGUGUGUAGAAUUAAUUUAAUCCAUUUUAGAAUAAGGCUGUAACAAAAUGUGGGAGAAAAGUCAACGGUUCUGAAUACUUUCCGAAUGCGCUGUAUCACAGGAAGACUGAUAUUUUCCUCUAUAACAACUUAACCCCUGUGGGCCUCGACAGACACGCUCGAAAUGGAGCCGUGGCUAGGUCACAUUACACCACCAUCCCCUCUGUGUGACAAUAGAUUUACACAUCAUGUUUUAGGUCUGUUGACUUUUCUAUGCUCUCUUGGCAGGGUAGCCACAUGUAAAUCAUGUGCAUCAAUGGGCUCUGUGUAUGUGUGUGAUGGCCAGUGUAGCUCUGCUCUUUGAUCUUCCUGGCAGUACAAUUCACCCUCAUCAAGGAUGAGAAAAACCCAGAGAUGGAUAUCGGACAGAGGCUGCUGUCUGCCACCUCUGGGCGUCAACAUCUAGUCUAAUGGACAGCAACACCACUAGCUACUGAACUUCUAGACCUAGGCUUAUGUGAUAUAAUACACUGAAACGAGGAAGGUCAGGAUGGUAUAGCCAUAGAAAUAAGAAUGAAUGGAAUGGACUUGGAAGCUCUAACCCUGGCAAUUGUCUUGAAUGGAGACACCGUUUCUAUUCAUUCUUAUUUCUAUGGGUAUAGCAGUGUGGAAAUCAGUUCAUGUAAAGCAACCCCUUGUACCAUGUAUCACAUAUCAUUCUGAGCAUUAAUAGUAUUACCAUAAUGACUUGUUAUUGUAACCUUGCUGUAACCUUCCCAGAGAGAUGGUACUGAUAGGGAUGUACACUACAUGACUAAAAGUAUGUGGACACCUGCUCGUCGAACAUCUCAUUCCAAAAUCAUGGGCAUUAAUAUGGAGUUGGUCCCCCUUUUUGCUUCUAUCACAGCCUCUACUCUUCUGGGAUGUCUUUCCACUAGAUGUUGGAACAUUGCUGCGGGGACUUGCUUCCAUUCAGCCACAAGUGCAUUAGUGAGGUCGGGCACUGAUGUUGGGCUAUUAGGCCUGGCUCGCAGUCGGCGUUCCAAUUCAUCCCAAAGGUGUUUGAUGGGGUUGAGGUCAGGGCUCUGUGCAGACCAGUCAAGUUCUUCCACACUGAUUUCGGCAAACCAUUUCUGUAUGGACCUCGCUUUGUGCACGGGGACAUUGUAAUGCUGAAACAGGAAAGGGCCUUCCACAAACUGUAUGCUGUAGUGUUAAGAUUUCCCUUCACUGGAACUAAGGGGCCUAGCAUGAACCAUGAAAAACAGCCCCAGACCAUUAUUCCUCCUCUACCUAACUUUACAGUUGGCACUUUGCAUUGGGGCAGGUAGCAUUCUCCUGGCCUCCGCCGAACCCAGAUUCGUCCGUCGGACUGCCAGAUGGUGAAGCGUGAUUCAUCACUCCAGAGAACGCGUUUCCACUGUUCCAGUCCAAUGGUGGCGAGCUUUAUACCACUCCAGCCAACGCUUGGCAUUGCGCAUGGUGAUCUUAGGCUUGUGUGCGGCUGCUCGGUCAUGGAAACCCAUUUCAUGAAGCUCCCGAUGAACAGUUAUUGUGCUGACGUUGCUUCCAGAGGCAGUUUGGAACUCGGUAGUGAGUGUUGCAACCGAGGAAAGACAAUUUUCACGUGCUUCAGCACUCGGCGGUCACGUUCUGUGAGCUUGUGUGGCCUACCACUUCGCAGCUGAGCCGUUGUUGCUCCUAGACAUUUCCACUUCACAAUAACAGAACUUACAGUUGACCCGGGAAGCUCUAGCAGGGCAGAAAUUUGACAAACUGACUUGUUAGAAAGGUGGCAUCCUAUGAUUGUGCCACGUUGAAAGUCACUGAGCCCUUUAAGUAAGGCCAUUCUACUGCCAAUGUUUGUCUAUGGAGAUUGCAUGGCUAUAUGCUCGAUUUUAUACACCUGUCAGCAACGGGUGGGGCUGAAAUAGCCGAAUCCACAAAUUUGAAGGGGUGUCCACAUACUUGUGUGUGUGUAUACAGUGGGGGAAAAAAAGUAUUUAGUCAGCCACCAAUUGUGAAAGUUCUCCCACUUAAAAAGAUGAGAGAGGCCUGUAAUUUUCAUCAUAGGUACACGUCAACUAUGACAGAUAAAAUGAGGGGAAAAAAUCAAGAAAAUCACAUUGUAGGAUUUUUUAUGAAUUUAUUUGCAAAUUAUGGUGGAAAAUAAGUAUUUGGUCAAUAACAAAAGUUUCUCAAUACUUUGUUAUAUACACUUUGUUGGCAAUGACACAGGUCAAACGUUUUCUGUAAGUCUUCACAAGGUUUUCACACACUGUUGCUGGUAUUUUGGCCCAUUCCUCCAUGCAGAUCUCCUCUAGAGCAGUGAUGUUUUGGGGCUGACGCUGGGCAACACAGACUUUCAACUCCCUCCAAAGAUUUUCUAUGGGGUUGAGAUCUGGAGACUGGCUAGGCCACUCCAGGACCUUGAAAUGCUUCUUACGAAGCCACUCCUUCGUUGCCCGGACGGUGUGUUUGGGAUCAUUGUCAUGCUGAAAGACCCAGCCACGUUUCAUCUUCAAUGCCCUUGCUGAUGGAAGGAGGUUUUCACUCAAAAUCUCACGAUACAUGGCCCCAUUCAUUCUUUCCUUUACACGGAUCAGUCGUCCUUGUCCCUUUGCAGAAAACAGCCCCAAAGCAUGAUGUUUCCACCCCCAUGCUUCACAGUAGGUAUGGUGUUCUUUGGAUGCAACUCAGCAUUCUUUGUCCUCCAAACACGACAAGUUGAGUUUUUACCAAAAAGUUAUAUUUUGGUUUCAUCUGACCAUAUGACAUUCUCCCAAUCCUCUUCUGGAUCAUCCAAAUGCACUCUAGCAAACUUCAUAUGGCCCUGGACAUGUACUGGCUUAAGCAGGGGGACACGUCUGGCACUGCAGGAUUUGAGUCCCUGGCGGCGUAGUGUGUUACUGAUGGUAAGCUUUGUUACUUUGGUCCCAGCUCUCUGCAGGUCAUUCACUAGGUCCCCCCGUGUGGUUCUGGGAUUUUUGCUCACCGUUCUUGUGAUCAUUUUGACCCCACGGGGUGAGAUCUUGCGUGGAGCCCCAGAUCGAGGGAGAUUAUCAAUGGUCUUGUAUGUCUUCCAUUUCCUAAUAAUUGCUCCCACAGUUGAUUUCUUCAAACCAAGCUGCUUACCUAUUGCAGAUUCAGUCUUCCCAGCCUGGUGCAGGUCUACAAUUUUGUUUCUGGUGUCCUUUGACAGCUCUUUGGUCUUGGCCAUAGUGGAGUUUGGAGUGUGACUGUUUGAGGUUGUGAACAGGUGUCUUUUAUACUGAUAACAAGUUCAAACAGGUGCCAUUAAUACAGGUAACGAGUGGAGGACAGAGGAGCCUCUUAAAGAAGAAGUUACAGGUCUGUGAGAGCCAGAAAUCUUGCUUGUUUGUAGGUGACCAAAUACUUAUUUUCCACCAUAAUUUGCAAAUAAAUUCAUUAAAAAUCCUACAAUGUGAUUUUCUGGAUUUUUUCUCUCAAUUUGUCUCUCAACGUGUACCUAUUAUGAAAAUUACAGGCCUCUCUCAUCUUUUUAAGUGGGAGAACUUGCACAAUUGGUGGCUGACUAAAUACUUUUUCCCCCCACUGUAUACAGUGUAGUUAAAAACACUCAUACGUGUCAGUUUUGACAGAAGAGGAAGUGUGUCCUGUUCUCUUUUGGUAUAUGGGGGGUUUCACUCAGUGGCUGCUGUAACUGUCGUUGCUGCAGUCUAUUUCUUCUGCAUAGUGAACCAAGAACAACAAGGAAGUGAAUCUGAUUGGCGGGGCGGUGUUGUUAUGUGUUACUUGCACCACUAAGGACAGGAGAAACACAUUCAGCAUUUCAACCGUCCACCAACCUACCACACUGAAGAAUGUAUAUUAAACCACAUCAUGGGCUAGGCUUCAGGCCUGAUUGUAUAGUUUUGUACUGUAUUUGAAUUAGGGUUUUGUAAAUUAAUUUCUGACUUCUAGAACUGCACGGUACAAUACAUACUUUAUAUAGUGAAGAUAUACUGUGCUGUGGGAUCAAGCUAAAACCUUAUUCUGUAAGUCAUAACCCUGCAUCUAACCUCUCUUUCUCUGGCUCUGCCGCACCCUUUCAAUUCAUUUCACCCUCUUUUCCUCUCUCCCUCCUCUGUCUCUCCCCUUCUCUCUCCGCCCCCUCUCCCCCUCUCUUUCCCUCCCCCCUCUCCCCUCUCUCCCCUCUAUCUUCCCCUCUCUUUCUGUCACCCUCUCUUCCCUUCUCUAUCCCUCUCCCUCUCUCUCCCUCUCUCCCUACCCCUCUUCGUCCCCAUCGCUCUCCCUCCCCCCCCCCCCCCCCCCCCCCCCCCAUCUCCUCCUCUCCCACCCCAGAGCUGAGUUCCACCCUGAUGGAGAGGAUGCAGACCCAGGAGCUGCAGAGCAGUCUACAGCUGCCCGAGCUGGAUGAGUUAAGCCAGUUCUUCCGCUCCCUGCCCAUCUCCACGCUGGUGGGCAUCGGUGCCCUGACCGCCGUGCUGGCCUACUGGCUGGCCACCCGGCCACGUGCCAUCUCUCCUCCCUGCAACCUCCAACACCAGUCUGAGGAAGUGGCGGUAAGCCAACGAAUCACGAUAUAAUACUCCACCUGGAUCUGUAUUUGCAAAAAUUGUCUCAGAAAAGGAGUGCUGAUCUAGGAUCAGUUUUGUUUUUUUAGAUCAUAAUUACAGUUUUUCUCGAUUGCUAAGACACAUUUCUUGAAAGCUGCUCUCCUUUUCUCUUAACUGUUAACACAAAACCCAAUUUUCAAGCUACAUUCACAAAACCUCAGACUCUUCUUGCAAAACCAAACUUUCACCUCAAAACAGUUCAAUCUGUGCUCAAAACUGAACUAUGUUGUCAAAUCGUGCCCCGAGUCAAUCAAAAUAAAAAACACUACUGAACAGUCACUAAACACUACGUAGAAAAAUAGAAAACACAAUGCUCAGGACAUGAAGCUGGAGAAAUAAAUGUUUAUUGUUCACUGUAGGCUAAAUGCAUGUUGCAAAACAAUAAAAAACUGUGCAUUUAGCACUUGUACAAAAAGACAAAACAGAAAUCUUGUGCAUUUACAUGUAGCACUUGUAAAAACAAACAGAAAUCUUAUGCGUUUGCCACUUGUGUACAGUAAGCCCAUGUAAAAAUAAAGUACAAAAAUAUACAAAUAAGUGCAUUACUCAGCCACAGCAUCAUGUCUCCGUACUGGGUCAGGCCACAGGACUUCAUCCACAUCACAGGCCACAUUUUGUCUGGCCAGCCAACGGGGGAAAAACCCCCUGGCAUGCCGUAUCCAGGCUUGGCAUGCCUCCACACCUAUGUCACCACAGGCAAGUCCCAUGGCUUGCAGGAGAUUUACCCUGGUGUAAGGUUGGCGUUCAUAUACCUUCCACCGCCAUGAGGAGAAUAAUUCCUCAAUGGGGUUUAGGAAAGGGGAGUACGGUGGAAGGCAAAGAUUGAUAAAACCUUGGUUCAUAUUGUACCACUCUCUAACCUGGAGGGCUCUGUGAAAACUCACAUUGUCCCAAACAACAACAUAGAUGGGAUGCUCAUCCUGCUGCCCUAACAAAGCAUCUCACAUGUGAUUGAGGAAAAUGAGGAGCUGGUGAGUGUUGUAGGGCCCCAGGUUGGCAUGAUGGUGGACAACCCCAUGAUUGCUGAUGGCAGCACAUAAUGUGACAUUGCCACCACGCUGCCCAGGAACACCAACAAUGGCCCGAUGGCCAAUCACAUUACGGCCUCUCCUUCUCCUUUUGGUGAGAUUAAACCCAGCUUCAUCCAUGUAGAUGUAUUGAUGGGGUCUUUCCAUUGCAUCCAGUUGAAAAACCCUCUGUAGAAAUAGAUAUAGUUUUGUAAGUGAUACGGAAAAAGUGAUUUAGGCCACUACAGUAAAUCACUACUUAGAGUAAUCAACAUUGAAUGUGUCUGGAUAUAUGCCAACCUGUACAUACUGGAAUCUUUGCUCUUUGACUCUGUCUGAGUUGCGAUCAAAGGGCACUCUGUAUAGCUGUUUCAUGCGCAGUCUGUUGCGCUUGAGGACACGAUCAACAGUAGAGAGGCUGACACUGUUGAUACCCUCAAAAUUUAAAUGGUCCUCAAUGAUCUUCUGCUGAAUUUCGCUCAGUUUAAUGGCAUUGUUCUCACGGACCAUAUCAACAAUUAUGGUCUCUUGGUGUGGGGAGAACAUACCUGUCCUCCCACCCCCAUGUGGCAGUCUUUCAAUUCUACAAAAAGAGAACAUGGAGUUACAAAAAAUAUACAUGGAAUACUAGGCCUACAAACAGUUAGACCAACCCUCCAUUACAAUACUACAGUACAUUGGUACAGUGAUGUACUGAAACAUAUAUUUACUUAUAGUAUACUGUGGUACAGUAUAUAGUAUGUCAUACAGUAGUUGCUGUCAACAUUUACAUACUGUACUAUAAUGUCAAAAAAAGGUAAUUACCUGUUCUCUUCUCUAAAUCUUCGGAUUAUGGUGGACACAGUGAAUCUACUGAUGUUUGGUUGUACCCUUUGUCCAGCCUCCCUCAUGCUCAUACCAUGGACAAGAACAUGGUCAAUCACAGUAGCUCUGAUUUCAUCAGAUAUUACUGUUCUUUGUCUUCGCUGACCACCUCGACCACCUCGACCUCCUCUCACACGAACUCUUCCCAUUGUAGGGCCUCACAAACCAGUGCUCUCUGAACUGGCUUACUGUAUAUGUUCCCUCACAUCAUUAGCCACAAGUGUGAUCAAUUUUGAGUUGUUGUGUUCAAGUGGUGACACCUGUGCUCUAAUUGUGUUUGACUUUUGUCACCUGUGCUCACCAUUAUGCAGCACGGGUGCAUCGCAAUGAAAAUGUGUUGGCAAGUUAUGUCUAAACAGGUGAAAAGUGCUUAUGGUUUUGCCAAAAGAGUGAUUGAUUCAAUCAGUGGGUUCAGGCAACUGAGCAUUUGGUUCAGACAAUAGGGUUUAGUGUUUUAGCAAUUGAGAAAAACUGUAAUAAAUACAGGGUGUACCUGAUCCUAGAACAUUCUGAGAUGCUUUUGGGCUGAUUCAGACUUAGGAAUUUAUGCCUUUCCUACGCACUUCUCAGUAUUUGGUUUUCAGUCUUACCUUAUUCAGUCGUGUAACGCGCUCUGUAGGUGUGGCUACUGGAAACAGGAGACAAAGGGCUGUGAGACAUAGGUUUAAUCCUAGACACAUGAAAAGUGGGAUAUAUAAGGUGGGUACGGGGCAACAGAAGACGAACAGCAGAGGGGCUAAGGAUCUUGGAGAUGGGGAAAGGGCCGAUAAAACGGGGGGAAAGUUUGCAGGACUCCACCCGGAGGGGCAGAUCCCGAGUGGAAAGCCAUACCCUCUGCCCGAGACGAUAGCGGGGUCCGGUGGCAGUCCGCCUGUCGUCGAUAUCUGGAGGUGGUCUUAAGAAGAGCCGACCGGGCUCUCUUCCAGGGACGACGACAGCGGUGGACGAACAUCUGGGCCGAGGGUAUGCCGACCUCUUCCUCUUGCUCUGGGAAGAGCGGGGGCUAAUAUCCCAGGGAACACUCAAAAGGCGAGAGACCAGUGGCACAGCAGGGAAGGGUGUUGCGGGCGUACUCAACCCACACGAGUUGCUGGCUCCAGGUGGUGGGGUUAGCGGAGACAAGUAGCAAAGAGUUGUUUCCAGGUCAGCUGGGAAUACUGCCCCUCACGGACUUGCUUCUCAAUUCCCCAGCUGAGAGCCGCCGCCAGACACAAGGUGGAGAGGAUGGUCUCGGGGUCCGAUGGGGUAGCCGUGGGGCUAUAGCGGCAUGAGAGCGCAUCCAGCUUGAUAUUCUUGGAACCCGGGUGGUAGGAGAGGGAGAAGUUAAAUCGGGUGAAAAGCAGGGCCCACCUAGCUUGCCUGGAAUCGAGACGCUUGGCAGUGCGGAGAUAUUCCAGGUUCUUGUGGUCUGUCCACACAAUGAAUGGAUGUUCCGCCCCUUCCAACAAUGCCUCCACUCCUCCAAUGCCAUCUUCACUGCAAGAAGCUCAAGAUUCCCCACAUUGUAAUUCCUCUCCGUGGCGUUAAGACGAUGGGUGAAGAAGGUGCAGGGAUGCAGUUUGAGGUCCAGGGCAGAAUGCUGGGACAGGACAGCCCCUACUCCGACAUCCGAAGCGUCGGCCUCCACCACAAACUGACGGGAUGGGUCAGGAUGAACUAAUAUGGGAGCUGUGGUGAAGCGAUGUUUGAGGUCCUGGAACGCCUGGUCCGCCGCUGGGGACCACUUGAACGGAACCUUGGGAGAGGUGAGUGCAGACAGGGGAGAAGCCAGGGUGCUGUAACCCCGGAUGUCCAGCUCGGAUGCCAUGGUAGCGUCCAUAAAACUCUCAUCGGCCCCUGAGUCGAUGAGUACCUGGAGAGAUUUCGACUGGUUCCCCCACAGCAGGGUGGCAUGGAGAGGGGUGCGAGUACGGGGAGAGGGAAAGUUCUCUGUAUGGCCCACCAGAGUACUCGCCCCUACCGGUGAGCCUGGUCUUUUAGUGAACAGGAGGACACGAAAUGACCAGUAGUCCCGCAAUACAGACAGCUCUUAGUGUUAAGCCUGCAUAAACGUUCGGCUGGAGACAACCUAGCUCUGCAUAGUUGCAUCGGCUCGGGAAGAGGCGAAUCGACAGACUUAGGAAACUCUUGGGGAAACUCGGGUAGCCUCGGAUUCUCUCGGAGACUGAGACGUAGGGGACUUCCGGGAUGCCUCAGAGGGCGAGGUGGAAUCCUUGGGCGGGCGAGUGGAAUCGGACCUCCUCUCCUUCCUACGUUCCCGAAGCCACCCAUCGAUCCAGAUAGUCAAGGCGAUAAGUGAGUCGAGAUCCGUAGGUAGUUCCCGGGCUGCUAGCUCAUCCUUAACUUCCUCCGAUAACCCGUGCAGGAACGUGUCGAACAGCGAUUCCGGGUUCCAUGCACUCUCAGCCGCCAACGUGCGGAAAUCCACCGCAUAGACUGCCACACUGCGGGAUUCUUGCCGAAGCUGGAAUAGCUUCCGGGCAGCCUCUCUCCCGGACAAUGGAGAAUCUAAAACCUUCUUCACCACGUCCACGAACUCCUCCAGACUGAAGCACACGGCAGACUGUUGUUCCCACACUGCCGUAGCCCAGGCGAGAGCCCUCCCGGACAUCAGCGCUAUCUUCGAGCGGUCCGAGGGGAAGGAGGAGGGCUGCAGCUCAAAGAUGAGGGAACACUGAGCGAUAAACACCCGACAGGUUCCCGACUCUCCAGCAAAGCGUUCCGGUGGAGGUAAGCUGGGUUCUCAGGAAGCCGGGCUGGCCAGGAGAGACGCGCAGUUGACAGCCGGGUUACUGAGGGGCUGGGAGGUUACCGUCGUGGUAGGCUGCCUAACAGACAACCUGCAGAAUUGCUCCAGCAAUGUAUUCAACACGCAGUCAUGGCGUUCGGCCAAGGUCUGGAAACACUCCAUAAGACCACGCAGCAACUCCUAUUGCCUCCCAAUGGUGGCUUCUUGGGAGGAGACGGCAUUGCGGAGCUGGUCCGAAUCUAAAAAAAAGUUAGAUAUUUGCUGAGUGUUCUCAUAUCUUUUUUUUACUGUCUUUUUUGCCAUUUAUGAAUGUGUUAUUCAAUGCGUUUCUCUGGGCUAUAGUAGUAAAGGCUAAAUUCAAUAUUUUAUAAAAUAAUGUAUUUAUAUUCACUACCGUUCAAAAGUUUCGGGUCACUUAGAAAUGUCCUUGUUUUCCAGGAAAACAUACAUGAAAUGAGUUGAAUAGAAGGUUAGAAAUAAUUAUUUUCAAUUGAAAUAAUAAUUGUGUCCUUCAAACUUUGCAGCAAUUACAGCCUUGCAGACCUUUGGCAUUCUAGUUGUCAAUUUGUUGAGGUAAUCUGAAGAGAUUUCACCGGUGACUGUGCUGGCGACUCCAUUAAGACAGAAUACCAGCUAACUGCUUCUUCCCUAAAUAGUUCUUGCAUAGUUUGGAGCUGUGCUUUGGGUCAUUGUCCUGUUGUAGGAGGAAAUUGGCUCCAAUCAAGCGCCGUCCACAGGGUAUGGCAUGGUAUUCCAAAAUGGAGUGAUAGCCUUCCUUCUUCAAGAUCCCUUCUACCCUGUACAAAUCUCCCACUUUACCACCACCAAGCACCCCCAAACCAUCACAUUGCCUCCACCAUGCUUGACAGAUGGCAUCAAGCACUCCUCCAGCAUCUUUUCAUUUGGUCUGCGUCUCACAAAUGUUAUUCUUUGUGAUCCGAACAUCUCAAACUUCGAUUUGUCUCUCCAUAACACUUUUUUCCAAUCUUCCUCUGUCCAGUGUCUGUGUUCUUUUGCCCAUCUUAAUCUUUUAUUUUUAUUGGCCAGUCUGAGAUAUGGCUUUUUCUUUGCAACUCUCCCUAGAAGGUCAGCAUCCUGGAGUCGCCUCUUCACUGUUGACGUUGAGACUGGUGUUUUGCAUGUACUAUUUAAUGAAGCUGCCAGUUGAGGACCUGUGAGGCGUCUGUUUCUCAAACUAGACACUCUAAUGUAUUUGUCCUCUUGCUCAGUUGUGCACCGGGGCCUCCCGCUCCUCUUUCUAUUCUGGUUAGAGCCAGUUUGCGCUGUUCUGUGAAGGGAGUAGUACACAGCGUUGUACGAGAUCUUCAGUUUCUUGGCAAUUUCUCGCAUGGAAUAGCCAUUUCUCAGAACAAGAAUAGACUGACGAGUUUCAGAAGAAAGUUAUUUGUUUCUGGCCAUUUUGAGCCUUUAAUCGAACCCACAAUUGCUGAUGCUCCAGAUACUCAACUAGUCUCAAGAAGGCCAGUUUUAUUGCUUCUUUAAUCAGCACAACAGUUUUCAGCUGUGCUAACAUAAUUGCAAAAAGCUUUUCUAAUGAUCAAUUAGCCUUUUAAAAUGAUAAACUUGGAUUAGCAAACACAACGUGCCAUUGGAACACAGGACUGAUGGUUGCUGAUAAUGGGCCUCUGUACACCUAUAUAGAUAUUCCGUAAAAAAUCUGCAGUUUCCAGCUACAAUAGCCAUUUACAUUAACAAUGUCUACACUGUAUUUCUGAUCAAUUUGGUGUUAUUUUAAUGGACAAAACAAUUGCUUUUCUUUCAAAAACAAGGACAUUUCUAAGUGACCCCAAACUUUUGAAUGGUAGUGUAUAUAUUUCUAUACCUAAAAGGGUCCUACAAUUCUAAAUCAAAUAGCUAAAUGAUCCAUAGUAUGACCAUCUUAAAACAAUCCCCCUGUAGCUCAGUUGGUAGAGCAUGGCGCUUGCAACGCUAGGGUUGUGGGUUCGUUUCCCAUGGGGGGCCAGUAUGAAAAUGUAUGCACUCACUAACUGUAAUUCGCUCUGGAUAAGAGCGUCUGCUAAAUGACUAAAAUGUAAAUGUCAUCUUAGAACCCCAACGGCUUGGACUUUUAAGAAUUAACAAGCCUCGUUCACUUAACUUUAUGGCCAGCAACUGUUUCAGUCUAAAAUGAAUUUAUUAACAAUCAUAGACUGACUUAGGUGUCAGAAACCACUCUGGCUUCAAUCAGAAUAAGGCAUAAAGACGGAUAUUCGGCAUGUAAACCAAUUUCUCUUUCUGCCCUGAGGCUUCAGUACCCGUUGAAGCAUGUAUAAUAGCUGGCAAUUUGCAUAAUAUCAAUGAUAAUAAUGGCUCCCAUAGCUUAGAGAAUAAAGGGUAACAAUUUGGAUUUCGAAUAUAUAUUUGGACUACAUUCAGAAAUAGCCAUGUUGUUAUUUUGGUGUGUGUGUGUGUGUGUGUGUGUGUCUAUGUGUGUGUCCUAGCCUCACUGUCUGUGUCUAUCUCCUCAUGUCUGUCUGUCUCUAGCAUGAAGAUGGGGUUCGCAGGUCCAUGCUGGGGGACAGCCCCAAUAACCUGCUGACACACUAUCACGAGGAUGCCAAAACCAUGUAUGAGGUGUUCCAGAGAGGUCUCCACAUAGCCGGUGUGUAUACACACACACACACACACACACACACACACACACACACACACACACACACACACACACACACACACACACACACACACACUGGCACUGUGGUCUGAAAAAGUGCUGGUUCACUGUCUGUUUGGUCUAUUUGUUUGGUCUGUCUGGUGAGGGAAAAAGUGCUAUCUAGAUUACAAUGGCAACUGAGAACAUUGGAAGUAGCAUCUGAGGUGAGGCCUAAAGUCAGACUGUAGACAGACUAGACUGUAUAUACAUGUAGAAAGUAUCUCUCUAUAUAUGGCUCUAAAUAGACUGAAUGACUGACUGACUGACUGACUGAAUGACUGACUGACUGACUCCAACAUAAUGCUGAGGACCAACUGUAGUUAGUAGCCAGUAAAGAGAUUGCUAAAGAGGAAUAGAUAGAGGAAUAGAGAUUAUGCAUGGUCAUAAUGAGUGUCAGUCAUGUGAUCCUUUGGGGGUUUCUGUGUUUUUGUAAAUUCACUGACUCGUCCAGUUGUUGUAUUGUCUGCAGGUGAUGGACCUUGCUUAGGCUCCCGGCUACCCAACAAGCCUUACAAGUGGCUGUCCUAUAAAGAGGUAAGCACAGAGUAGAACUACCUCUGUGCAGAACACUGAAGCACAAGAGCAGGUCUCUGCUUUACUCCACAGGCUCUGUGUGGUCUAUUCUUUCAUAGGGCCAGUGCAAUCUAUAGCUCUGUGUGUAACUCAGUCCUUGUGGUUUGUAUUACGCUUGGUCAUGCCAUGUGGUUGAUCAACAGAUGUACAGGCUCAGUUUACAGUCUCCCCUACGUAUGCUGCUUCUCAAAAAUCUGUAGCAACACAGAGUAUUAUUUCAAGUUGAUUUACACUAAAGCUUUCUGUACCACUGCACUGAACUACUGGACUUUUUAACACACACAUUUAUUCAUGGGUUAUGGCUUCCAAACAUGAUCAAAAUGGGAGGGAUUUAUCUUCUGCAUUCUGUUAAUGGUAUUUUCUCUUCAAUGUUACUGAGAGGGAUUUAUUUAGGAAGCUUAUAAACACCUAAGCGUUGGAAUGGUGCAGCAGGAAGGAUUCUGUAUUUACAAAAACACUCCGCUCCAUUAUUUCAUCUAUGACAUCAUGACAGUUGAGGAGAGCAUAGCGCAUACGAGCUUGUUUGUUAAUUUUUAAUACUGACAUAUUUCUUGUUUCACAAUACGCUCAGCUGCUGUCCCAUUCAUGUCCACUUCCAGGUCACAACCCGGGCGGAGUACUUGGGGUCGGGGCUUCUGAGCCAGGGCUGCACACCAAGCCAAGAUCAGUUCAUCGGAGUGUUUGCACAGAACAGGCCAGAGGUGAGGUCAUCGUCACAGCGAGACACUAUGUGUGUCUCAAAAUGCACCCUAUACCCUACAUAAUGCACUACUUUUGACCAGACCCCUAUCAAAAGUAGUGCACUAUAUAGGGAAUAUGGUGCCAUUUGGGACAAGACACUGAUUCACAAAUGUUUUGACAUGAUAUAAAGGUUAACAGCUCCAACUACCUUUUGUGGAGGCUUUUUUUUAUUUAUUGCUCAUUAUGUCAACGGUGCCCUGGCCUCCUUUUGACCUGUCUGUCUCUAAUUGCAGUGGAUCAUUUCGGAGCUGGCCUGCUACACCUACUCUAUGGUGGUGGUGCCUCUGUAUGACACACUAGGGCCUGAUGCCAUACGGUACAUCAUCAACACUGGUAAGACUAGCAGAUUUCAGAUUUGUACGUCCAAAAUGGCACCCUAAUCACCUCUAUGGGCCUUGGUCAAAUGUAGUGCACGACACAGGUAAUAGAGACCCAUUUGGGACAGAGCCUUACUGUAAGUGUACUGCUGGCAUUAGCGGUGUGAUUAGCGGUGCCAAUCCAGAAUAAAAAGCUAUAUUACAACCUAUGAGUUGUGAUAAUUGCAUUGUUUGCUCUAUAACCUGUUAGUUUAUAUGUGUCAUGUUCGUUGAAUGACGGGUCAGACCAAGGCGCAGCGUGAUAUGCGUACAUGUUUAUUAAACUUUAAACACACGACAAAACAACAAAGGAAACGAAACGUGAAGUCCAAGGUAGAACACACAACAUACCUUACAAGGAACAAGAUCCCACAACUAGACAGUGCCAAUAGGCUGCUUAAGUAUGGUCCCCAAUCAGAGACAACGAGCGACAGCUGCCUCUGAUUGGGAACCACACCGGCCAACAUAGAUCCACACAUACUAGAUCGACAACAUAGAAAAAGCACAACAAGGAAUAUACACACCCUGACUCAACAUAUAAGCGUCCCCUGAGUCAGGGCGUGACAGUACCCCCCCCCCCCCCCCCAAAGGUGCGGACUCCGACCGCACAACAUAAACAUAACAGGGUAGGGGUCGGGUGGGCAUUCCGCCUCGGAGGCGUAUCCGGCUCGGGGCGUGACGACCUCUCACUCUCCGCCUCCCUGUUGCGCCCCUGGUCUGGUCUGGACCUCGGCGCGCUGCUUCCCCUCUCCUUCUUCCCACGAUACGCCAGGCCCUGUCUGGACCCUGGUGUGGGAGACCCCGAACCUGGAGAGGGGCUGACGUCAUGAUCUGGACUGGAGCUGCUGACCGGAGCUGGACUGGGCACCGGUGCCUGAUCCAGCUUCGGUCAGCGGCUCCACUCCGGAGCCAGAGCAGUCCGCUCCACCGGUGCCUAGUCCAGCUGGAACGGACUGCUCUGGCUACGGAGUGGAGCCGCUGACCGGAGCUGGACUAGACCCCGCUGGAGCGGACUGCUCUGGCUCCGGAGUGGCGCAGCUGACCGGAGCUGGAUCAGGCACCGGUGGAGCGGACUGCUCUGGCUCCGGAGUGGAACAACUGACCGGCACUGGAUCAGGCACCGGUGGAGCGGACUGCUCUGGCACCGGAGUGGAGCAGCUGACCGGUGCCGGACCAGGCACCGGUGGAACGGGCACGGGCCGUGCCGGACUGGACAAACGCACCACUGGUCUGGUGCGAGGAGCAGGCACGGGCCGGACCGGACUAGGAACACGCACCACUGGCUUGGUGCGAGGGACAGUAACGGGCCGGGCCGGACUGGCGACGCGCACCACUGGCUUGGUGCGAGGAGCAGGAACAGGCCGGGCCGGGCUGGCGAUGCGCACCACUGGCUUGGUGCGAGGAGCAGGAACAGGCCGGGCCGGGCUGGCGACACGCACCACUGGCUUGGUGCGAGGAGCAGGAACAGGCCGGGCUGGCGACGCGCACCACUGGCUUGGUGCGAGGAACAGGAACAGGCCGGGCUCGUGACGCGCACCUCUUGCUUGGUGCGAGGAGCAGGAACAGGCCGGGCCGGGCUGGCGACGCGCACCACUGGCUUUGUGCGAGGAGCAGGAACAGGCCGGCCCGGACUUUGGAGGCGGACUGGAGGUCUGGAGCAGAGAGCUGGCACAACCCGUCCUGGCUGAAUGCCUACUUCCGCACAGUAUGUGUGAGGCAUCAGCACAGGACGCACUGGGCUGUGCACGCGCACUGGCGAUACAGUUCGUAGAACUGGCGCAGGAUAUGCGGGACCGAGGAGGCGUACUGGAGACCAGGAGCGUUGAGCCGGCACACCCCGUCCUGGCUGGAUGCCCAUCUUCGCACGGCACGUGCGUGGUGCAAGCACAGGACGUACAGGACUGUGUCAGCGCACUGGCGACACAGUACGUAGCUCCGCAUAACACGGAGCCUGCCCAGUCAUACGCUUCAUCGCGUGAGUACGGGGAGUUGGCUCUGCUCUGACACUAGGCUCCGCCAACCACCCCGUGUGCCGCCCCAAAAAAUGUUCUUGGGGCUGCUUCUCGGGCUUCCUCCUCGACCGGCCUCCUCCGUGUUGCCGUUGCACCUCUCCUGCCUGGGCAUCUACCUUAGCCCAUGGUCCUCUCCCCGCAAAUAUCUCUUCCCAUGACCACAAUUUGCCCACCUGUGACAUGGCUAUUCGCUUCGCCUGGGCACGCUGCUUGGUCCUCGUUUGGUGGGAUCUUCUGUCACGUUCGUUGAAUGACGGGUCAGACCAAGGCGCAGCGUGAUAUGCGUACAUGUUUAUUAAACUUUAACACACGACAAAACAAUAAAGGAAACGAAACGUGAAGUCCAAGGUAGAACACACAACAUACCUUACAAGGAACAAGAUCCCACAACUAGACAGUGCCAAUAGGCUGCUUAAGUAUGGUCCCCAAUCAGAGACAACGAGCGACAGCUGCCUCUGAUUGGGAACAACACCGGCCAACAUAGAUCCACACAUACUAGAUCGACAACAUAGAAAAAGCACAACAAGGAAUAUACACACCCUGACUCAACAUAUAAGCGUCCCCUGAGUCAGGGCGUGACAAUAUGCCUUGCCAUCGUGAUAUAUAGACCUAAGGCGGAGACAAUAAGAAGACACAGUGGCAGAAUAAAUUCAACCAAACCUUUGUUUCAUCACAAAACCGGAGAUCUGUCCGGUGAAGUCCACAAAACAUAUUGCAUGUAACAAACAGUUACAUAUGACCUACAGCAUGGUCAAGCAAGGUAAUGUUUCCGAAAUGUUCGGACUACUAAACAACUAUUGAUUUAGAACAAUGGAGAGUUACCGCAAGUCUUAAAGAAAACAGGAGCUGCCUCCACUAUUCCAGCACCAUUUCAACUUCAACAUUUCAACAUUAUCUAAUCAGCUCUGCUUAGUCUAAAACAGUGACAACUAAAAGAUAUCAAAAACGAUUUAGUCCAAUCAACGUAACCUAAAUAUGAUGUGGCUGUCCAUGGUUCUGAUUUCUGUGUGUGUGUGUGUGUGUGUGUGUGUGUGUGUGUGUGUGUGUGUGUGUGUGUGUGUGUGUGAGUGUGUGUGUGUGCAAACAGAAAAAACAGCCAAUGCUAUCCUCCUCUUUCAUGUUGCCUAAAUGGUCUAUGACUCUGUCAUACAGCACAUGCUUUUAGUUUUUGUUGUCCUAGGCUACCAUGAAUACACACCACUGGCUGCGGGAGCUUGUUGUGGGCUGGUGUAAUUCUAUAACUAGGCGGGGGUUACGCCAUACAGGUGUAUGCCAACCCACCGAAACCUAUUGUGUCGGCACAUGCCCUACUUUGCCCCUUCUACAAUUUAUGCCUUGUUAAAAGUUAAUUUGUGGAAUUUCUUUCCUUCUUAAUGCGUUUGAGCCAAUCAGUUGUGUUGUGACAAGGUAGGGGUGGUAUACAGAAGACAGCCCUAUUUGGUAAAAGACCAAGUCCAUAUUAUGGCAAGAACAGCUCAAAUAAGCAAAGAGAAGCGACAGUCCAUCAUUACUUUAAGACAUGAAGGUCAGUCAAUACGGAACAUUUCAAGAACUUAGAACGUUUAUUCAAGUGCAGCCACAAAAACGAUCAAGCGCUAUGAUGAAACUGGCUCUCAUGAGGACUGCCACAGGAAAGGAAGACCCAGAGUUACCUCUGCUGCAGAGGAUAAGUUCCUUAGAGUUACCAGCCUCAGAAAUUACAGCCCAAAUAAAUACUUCACAGAGUUCAAGUAACAGACACAUCUCAACAUCAAUUGUUCAGAGGAGACGGUGUGAAUCAGGCCUUCAUGGUCGAAUUGCUGCAAAGAAACCACUACUAUAGGACACCAGUAAGAAGAAGAGACUUGCUUGGGCCAAGAAACAUGAGUAAUGGACAUUAGACCGGUGGUAAUCUGUCCUUUGGUCUGAUGAGUCCAAAUUUGAGAUAUUUGGUUCCAACCGCCGUGUCUUGUGAGACGCAGAGUAGGUGAACGGAUGAUCUCCGCAUGUGUGGUUCCCACCGUGAAGCAUGGAGGAGGAGGUGUGGUGGUGUGGGGGUGCUUUGCUGGUGACACUGUCUGUGAUUUAUUUAGAAUUCAAGGCACACUUAAGCAGCAUGGCUACCACAGCAUUCUGCAGCGAUACGCCAUCCCAUCUGGUUUGGGCUUAGUGGGACUAUCAUUUGUUUUUCAACAGGACAAUGACCCAACACACCUCCAGGCUGUGUAAGGGCUAUUUGACCAAGAAGGAGAGUGAUGGAGUGCUGCCAGAUGACCUGGCCUCCACAAUCAGCUGACCUCAACCCAAUUGAGAUGGUUUGGGAUGAGUUGGACCGCAGAGUGAAGGAAAAGCAGCCAACAAGUGCUCAGCAUAUGUGUGAACUCCUUCAAGCCUGUUGGAAAAGCAUUCCAGGUGAAGCUGGUUGAGAGAAUACCAAGAGUGUGCAAAUAUAAAAUAUAAUUUGAUUUAACACUUCUUUGAUUACUACAUGAUUCCAUAUGUGUUAUUUAAUAGUUUUGAAAUCUUCACUAUUAUUCUUCAAUGUAGAAAAUAGUAAAAAAAUGGGUAGGUGUGUCCAAACUUUUGACUGGUACUGUAUAUUAUUAUAAAUGAAUUUUGGGAAACUCAGUCGAGGGUGUGCACAUGUGGGUACGCAGACCCGCGAGCAACCCUUUGUGAUGAGUUAAGUUUUUUUGUGGCUCCCACCCCUAUCAAAGUUGCACAUCCCUGCUAUACGUCCCUUGUAGCUCAGUUGGUAGAGCAUGGCGCUUGCAACGCCAGGGUUGUGGGUUUGUUUCCCACGGGGGGCCAGUAUGAAAAUGUAUGCACUCACUAACUGUAAGUUGCUCUGGAUAAGAGCUUCUGGUAAAUGUAGAUGAAGCUCAAAAACUGAGAUGCUCGCCCUUCCCUUCCUGAGCAGUUGUCCUUAGACUAGAGAAUUCUGUUUUGUUGUGUUUAAGUCACACAAUCCCUUUAACGACACACACACACACACACACAGAGGAAUCAGGUUAGGGCUCACCUUCGCCUUAUGCUGGAGGUAAUGAGCUUAGCUCAGUUGGUUUGGGAGGAAGGGAGCAGGCCUUGAGCUCUCUCUGUCGUUACACUCUCCUCCUUCCCCAUGUCCUCAGGGCUUUCCAUCCUUCAGUUUGACACUAAUCAGUUAACUGACAUCAAACUCUCUCAUUUUAUUCAUCAUUUCCAACUGCCCCUCAGUGACAUAGUGGUUUUGGCCCAGUGUCCCAACAGAAUUUGUCUCUGCUCCAAGGCAGUGAAAUGGAAAUCUGUGUGUAGAGCAGUAGCUGUGUGUUUACUAGCUGAUUGGAUCAUGUAUGUGUGUGUGUUCUAGUUUUCACAGCGUGCUGGGCUUUUGUGUGCUGUCUUUCAGCGGACAUUGUCACGGUGAUCUGUGACAAGCCUGAGAAGGCCCAGGUGCUUCUGGGUAAUGUGGAGAGGCAGGAGACCCCUGGGCUGAAAAGGAUCAUCCUCAUGGACCCCUUUGAACCUGCCCUGAUGGAGGAGGGGGCGGGCUGCGGGGUCAUCGUCCAGUCCUUGCAAGACGUGGAGGUAGGGAGGGUGUAGGGGGGCAGGGGGGAUGGGGGAGAGUAGAUGUUCGUGGAGAGGGGAGGGAGGGGCCCCAGGUAGGGAGGGAGAGGGGCCUCAGCUCAGCUAAUAUAAUGUAACACAUUGUUUUUUUUUUAAAGCCCAACCCUGUCUAUACAGAGACCUGUAGCUCAGCUGUGUCCCCUUUCCACUGUAUGCAAGCCACACAUGACUGAUUCUUUGGAGAAGUAUGAACAACACUUCAAUGGCUCCAUGUCUAUGUACUCCAAACACUAAUGUAUGACUGGUGUGUAGGCUACAACUUAAUAAAGACUGCAGUAUGUACAGUAUUUACUGUAAUCCAUGUACUAGCCCUCUGAGGGCAAGAGAUAUGCAUUAUUAUCUCUGCAGAACAUGAUGGAAUCUUGAACAGGUCUAGCCUUUCUCACUUCCUUGCUGUAAAUUACCAUGUCAACGUAAAACAAACAUUAUGAUACAAUCAAAAGUUAUGGUUAGCUCAUACAUGUAGGCAAAUAAAGAAAGAAUGCUUCUGUUACAGUUUAUUAAAUUAAUCUAGCGUAAAACUAUGCAAGCAUCUCUUUUGUGGGGACAUGAGAGUUGUUCAGAUAUUCAGUCCCCUCCACUUUAUUCUGGCUGUGUUUUAUGGUUCUUCUAAUGAUUAUCUAAACACAAGAUGUUGUGCUUGUUUGCAUGCUGCCGUCCCAUCCAGGAUCUGGGCAGAGCGAACCACAGAAAGCCCCUGGUGAGUGCAGCCUGCAUGUCUGGUCUGGUUAGUUGUCUGCGUCUCAAAUAGCACCCUAUUCCUUACUCAAUAGAUGCUGCCCAAUUCACACCUUAUUCCCUAUUUAGUGCACUACUUUUGCCCACAGUAAAAGUAGUGCACUAAAUAGGGAACACGGUGCCAAUUGGACAGCAUCCAUUGAGUGUUUUGGUGCUAGGGGAGUAAGCAGUUUUGUAUCAGUAUAUGUGUACCACAGCCAUAUUGUCAUAGCCCGUCCAGCUAGGGAAAUCAUUCAUUAGUUGAGCAGAGUUCAAAGCGAGGUCUUCUCUGUAAUCUUGUCUGUCUCAGUAAGUCUUGUCUAAUCGGCGCAUGAUGCAACUUUGUGGUUAGGCAGCACAGAUCACAAAUACAUAUAUUUUGAAUAGCCUUGAGAUGUAAACAGUCUGUCCCUGUCAGCCACGCUCUGCACAGGCAGAAUGCAGGAAGUCCUCAGAGUGGUGCUGACUAUGUUUUGUUAUGUUUUGGACAUAUUUUAGACUAGAGAUCUCUGGCUCACACGAGCCGAGACAACACAGUAGACAUACACACAAACAUUCUUUAGCUGUCUGUUACUGUAGUAACCGCUGCUUGAAAUGUGUACCGUAUUAAUAUCCCUUUUGAUCUCACAUAGCACUUUAAGUCUGUGAGUGCUUGUAUUCUUGUUUUAUGUGACCAUCUUCUACAGUCACAUAUUACUUUAAAUGCCUGAGAUGGGCUAAUGUAAUGUUGACUAUUAUCUAAAGUUGAUAUCAAUGAGUUCAUGAUCUCAUUCUGACUAUAUCCUGACUGUGCGUUUGUUCCUUACAGCCACCUACACCAGAAGACCUGUCCAUCGUGUGCUUCACCAGUGGUACCACAGGUAUCUCCAUCCAGCCACAAACUAUAACACCCCGAAGUGUCUUAUUCUUACAAGCUAAUCACAGUAUUGAUGUGUAUUAACACAGUAAUGUACUAUCUUGAGAGUUCAUCCACAAUCCCUGAUUCAAGUCCAACCCUGUCGGUAGUUUUGGUCUGUUUCAUGACAACUUUAUGAAGUGUGUCUAUUGUUUCUCCCAUCGUGUGUGACAGAUUAACAGGAAGAGGCUUCCCCCUGACCACUUCAGGCCAAUGCCAAGUAUCAGGGUUGAAAUGGUACAGUAAUGGUCAUGGUAGGGCCCCUAACAGUGAGACUUCAGAGGGAAAGGUAGUUACAGGUUUUUUUCUGCAUCAAAAAGGGGCUUAGGUGGUGGGCGUGGCAGGGGGGCGUGGCAAUGGACGCGGUCGGCCCGUCGGCACAGCUGAAUAUUACAGAACAUUUUUUGCAUUGAAGCGAAUUUCCUGAAAUUAUACACAUUUCUCUAUGGAACUGAGAGAAAUUUUUCGUUUUUAAAGAACAUUUUGUGUGAUUCUACAUUUUCUGCCAUGGUGCCGAGAGAAAAUCAAUACAGCUAAAUUCAUUGGGUAACACUAAGUUACCCCUAUUACUAUGCAACUACACAAUAAUAACUGCAGUAACAAUAUAGUGGUUACAUACAGUAGGUGUUACUAUGUAAUUACAUGGUAAUUAGGUUGUAACGCUAUCAGAUAUUACAGAAUUUCUUGUUCCACUUUGUAACUAAUAAUUUGUAAUUACACGUUUGAAAGUCACCUGUGAAUUACCAUGUCAAUAACUCAAACCAAAAUCUGUCCUUGUUACAUGAAACUACAAGGUGCCACUACCAUUGAAUCCACAUGUAAUACCAGGAUUGAUAAAUAGGCUUGGACCUGGUAACAACAAUUGUAACACGGCACACCCUGUCAUUAACUGCUGGUCAUAUUCAAUUAGUUUAUUUCUAUGUUAUGACCUGGCUCAAAGGUCUAAUAUAAUAACAAUGGAUAUACUUGUAAUUGUCAUGUACCUACCCAGGAGCAAGCAACUUAAUGUAAAGUGAAACCCAGUAGGGUAUAACCUUUAUAAUUACUAUCUAGUUACAAUGUAACAACCUAAUUGUUUUGGUAAUUUUAUUACGGUCUGGCCACAAAUACAGUCAUAUAGACAUGUAGAAACCCCCGGUAUUUCCAGACAUGUAACCACAGCUUUAGUCACAAGUGGCAAAGCAGCCCACUGCAGUAGUAGAAAGAGUGCCACCUGUUGGUCUUUCAGUGUAACUUCCAUCAGCCUGAAGCAUGUUUACCCCUGGUGCCCUUAUUACACGCCUGCCCUGAGGCCUAUCUAAACUCCUGUCUCUCUGAGUGUGUGUGUGUUACAAAGGCUGUUACAGGGUGAUUCAACUCAGGUUGCUCCCACUAUGGCAAAGCAAAAUGUUCAUGUGUAGCCUGAAAAACAAGUGGCACAAUGAUCAUUCUGUUAGUUCCUAGGCUGCUAACUUGUUUUUCCAUAUAUAUAUCUAACCUUGUUGUUUUCCAUCGUUUGAUACUGGAUGGGUCCCAAAUGGAAACCCUUUUCCAUAUAUAGUCCACUACCUUUGACCAUAGCCCUAAGUAUUGCACUAUAAGGGAUUAGGGUGCCAUUUGGGACGGAGACAAUGCUAUCCAUUGUUGAGAGCAGGUGGAGGAGGAGAAGUCCAUUGAUUUUGUUGCACUGUUUUCUGUCCCUCUCCUACAUAGGAAACCCAAAGGGAGUUAUGCUGACACACGGGAAUGUUGUGGCUGAUUUCUCAGGCUUCCUCAAAGUGACAGAUGUAAGUUCAAUCGGACUAUGUGUAACUGACCAUUUCUGUGGAGAAAUUUCCCUUGUACAGUAUUUAUCUUGAGUAGGUGCUUUUCUCCCAUUUAUGUAACUAUAUUAAGUGCAAGACUCACUAAAUUGCUUAAAGUCCCAUAUCUUACAUGGGACAAUAACAAGACUGAAAUGUACAAUGCACAAAUGUAUUUGUUUUUGUGAGCUCGUGUAUCAUUUCUGUUUCUCAUUAAGAUAACUCUUAUGAUAAAAAUAUGAGCACCUCCUCCCAACUGCCCACUGCACUGAGGCUAGGAAACACUGUCAACACCGAUAAAUCUACAAUAAUCGAGAAUUUCAGCAAGCAUUUUGCUACGGCUGGCCAUGCUUUCCACCUGGCUACCACUACCCCGGCCACCAGCUCUGCACCCUCCGAUGCAACUUGCCCAUGCCCCCCAACCCCCCGCUUCUCCUUCACACAAAUUCAGACAGCUGAUGUUCUGAAAGAGCUGAAAAAUCUGGACCCCUACAAAUCAGCUGGGCUAGACAAUCUGGACCCUUUCGUUCUAAAAUUAGCAGCCGAAAUUGUCGCAAUCCCUAUUUCUAGCCUGUUCAACCUCUCUUUCGUAACAUCUGAGAUCCCCAGAGAUUGGAAAGCUGCCGCGGUCAUCCCCCUCUUCAAAGGGGGUGACACUCUAGAUCCAAACUGUUACAGACCUAUAUCCAUCCUGCCCUGCCUUUCGAAAGUAUUUGAAAGCCAAGUUAACAAACAGAUCACCGACCAUUUCGAAUCCCACCGUACCUUCUCCGCUAUGCAAUCCGGUUUCUGAGCUGGUCAUGGGUGCACCUCAGCCACGCUCAAGGUCCUAAACGAUAUUAUAACCGCCAUCGAUAAAAGACAGUACUGCUCAGCCGUCUUCAUCGACCUGGCCAAGGCUUUCGACUCUGUCAACCACCGCAUUCUUAUUGGCAGACUAAAUAGUAUUGGUUUCUCUAAUGACUGCCUCGCCUGGUUCACCAACUACUUCUCAGAUAGAGUUCAAUGUGUCAAAUCGGAGGGCCUGUUGUCUGGACCUCUGGCCGUCUCUAUGGGGGUGCCACAGGGUUCAAUUCUCGGGCCGACUCUAUUCUCUGUGUAUAUCAGUGAUGUUGCUCUUGCUGCUGGUGAAACUCGGAUCCACCUCUAUGCGGACGACACCAUUUUGUAUACAUCUGGCCCUUCAUUGGACACUGUGUUAACAAACCUCCAAACGAGCUUCAAUGCCAUACAACACUCCUUCCGUAGCCUCAACUGCUCUUAAACGCUAGUAAAACUAAAUGCAUGCUCUUCAACCGAACGCUGCUGGCACCCGCCCACCCGACUAGAAUCACUACUCUCGGCGGGUCUGACCUAGAGUAUGUGGACAACUACAAAUACCUAGGUGUCUGGUUAGACUGUAAACUCUCCUUCCAGACUCACAUUAAGCAUCUCCAAUCAAAAGUUAGAUCUAGAAUCGGCUUCCUAUUUCGCAACAAAGCCUCCUUCACUCAUGCUGCCAAACAUGCCCUCGUAAAACUGACUAUCCUACCGAUCCUUGACUUCGGCGAUGUCAUUUACAAAAUAGCCUCCAACACUCUACUCAGCAAAUUGGAUGUAGUCUAUCACAGUGCCAUCCAUUUUGUCACUAAAGCCCCAUAUACUACCCACCAUUGUGACCUGUACGCUCUUGUUGGCUGGCCCUCACUACAUAUUCAUCGCCAAACCCACUGGCUCCAGGUCAUCUAUAAAUCACUGCUAGGCAAAUCCCUGUCUUACCUUAGCUCACUGGUCACCAUAGCAACACCCACCCGUAGUCUGCGCUCCAGCAGGUAUAUCUCACUGGUCAUCCCCAAAGCCAACACCUCCUUUGGCCGCCAUUCCUUCCAGUUCUCUGCUGCCAAUGACUGGAACGAACUGUAAAAAUCUCUGAAGCUGGAGACACUUAUCUCCCUCACUAAAUGUAAGCGUCAGUUGUCAGAACAGCUUACCGAUCACUGCACCUGUACACAGCCAUUCUGAAAUUAGCCCACCCAACUACCUCAUCCCCAUAUUGUUAUUUAUUUUGCUAAUUUGCACCCCAGUAUCUCUAUUUGCACAUCAUCUUUUGCACAUCUAUCAUUCCAGUGUUAAUACAAAAUUGUAACUAUUUUGCACUAUGGCCUAUUUAUUGCCUUACCUCCAUAACUUACUACAUUCGCACACACUGUAUAUAUAUUUUCUGUUUGUAUUUUUGACUUUAUGUUUUGUUUACCCCAUAUGUAACUCUGUGUUGUUGUUUUUAUUGCACUGCUUUGCUUUAUCUUGGCCAGGUCACAGUUGUAAAUGAGAACUUGUUCUCAACUGGCUUACCUGGUUAAAUAAAGGUUAAAUAAAAUAAAAUAAAAAAUAAGAGCAUGUUUGACAGUUGAGUGGUGGGAAACAAACCCCACUGGGCACAGACGUCAAUUCAACGUCUAUUUCGCAUUGGUUCAAUGUAAUUUCGUUGAAAUUAUGUGGAAACAAUGUUAAUUCAACCGGUGUGUACCCGAAGGGACGGUUCUAAUCCCCUAUCUAACCACUGUUUCUCUCCCCCAUGCCACAGAAAGUCAUAUUCCCAAACCAAGAUGACGUUCUUAUCUCCUUCCUGCCUCUGGCUCACAUGUUUGAGAGACUCAUCGAGGUAAUGUCCCAAACAAAGCCCACACUAAGCUUUCAUCUGUAUAAUUGUUGGUGUGGGCGUGUGCUUGCUCCUCUUUGUGUGUUUGUGUGUGUGUGUGUGUGUGUGUGUGUGUAUGUGUGUGUGUGUGUGUGUACGCAUGUACAUGUGUUUCCAGACAUGAAUGAUCUUGGCGAUUGCCCUUGUCCUUGGCUGUUAUUGACCUGGUUAUCUGUGAUUGGAUUUCAUUGUGACAUAUCAAAUCAGCUGUUUUAUUGAAACAAUAUCUGCUUCCACUGGAUAAGCUGGCUCAUACAGUCAUGGGUGUGCAUUAUUUCAGCCAGUUCUAACAGCUUCGCCCCCACAGGAAACUUGUGGGGGCCGUUAACCCCCCCAUGCCGCCUCUAGCUUGGGGUGCAUCCUAAAUAGCUUCCUAUCCCCUAUAUAGCGCACUACUUUCGACCAGUGCGGUAUGGGACCUGGUCAAAAGUAGUGCACUACAAAGGGAAUAGGGUGCCAUUUAGAACGCAGCCUUGGUCUAUUGUUUCCGAUACCGGUUCCACAGCUCGUGUUUUCAGUCCCUAACUACUGAUUUUGGAUCAGUCAUAAACGACCCUAUUCUUUUGAAUAACUACUAUGAGUAAAACAACAAAGCUGUCACUGGACCUGCUUCAGUACUGAGGGGGUAAAGCAACCAUACAGGUUCAACCGACCUUCUUGUUUUGCCACACGGCAGUAUGUGUUUUUUCUUUGUCAGUGUGUGAGACACAGACACAGGAAACCACCUCUCUUCCCCUCCAACACAAGCAGGCACAUACUUCACGUUCACAAGAAUACACACACACAGAUACUGUUAAUGCAUGUGACUUCUACGUAAAUAUGUAAAUGCCUAUAAAUUAAUCCCCGAAAGGAACAGCUCAUGUUCUCCGUGUAGAACUCUGUGAAUAGGCUAUGCCACAUACAGUAAGUAUUAUGGUCCCUGCCAGGGUGUUCCAAUCUAUUAUGCAAAUCAUGUCUGUCAACACAUGAAAUAAAAAAAGACAGUUCCUGCAGAGCCUGUCCUCAUCAUGCCCUCCAAAACAGGAACUGGGGGUGAAUCGUGGUGCUUUCAAGAGAACUCAGAAACUCGGAACCUAUUGGUCAAUUCUGAUAUUUUGCAAGUGGGAAACUCAGAGCUCGAGUUUCCAAGUGGACAUUUCGGGGUUUCCGAGUUUCGAGUUGUCUUGAAAGCGACAUUAGGCCAGAUCUAUGCAACUGUAUGCAUAAGUGCUUUUUGACUCAGUUGUCACUGUUAUGUUAUUUCUCUCUGUUUCCCAAGUCUGUGGUGUAUUGUCAUGGUGGCAGGAUCGGUUUCUUCCAAGGCGAUAUCCGCCUGCUGCCUGAUGACAUGAAGGCCUUACGGCCCACCAUCUUCCCUGUGGUACCUCGACUGCUCAACCGCAUGUAUGACAAGGUGAGAGAACCACCCCUCUACCCCCCCCCCCCCCCCCCCCUCCCCCCCACACACACACACACACCUCCUCAUUCUCCAUAUCUUAUAUCAUCUCACCCCCUCUCUUGACUGUCUGUGUGUACUCUACAGAUAUUCAGCCAGGCCAACACACCAUUGAAGCGUUGGCUGCUGAACUUUGCAGCUAAGAGAAAAGGGGCAGAGGUCAGCAGUGGGAUCAUCCGCAUGGACAGCCUGUGGGAUAAGAUAUUCUUCAGUAAGAUACAGGUAUCCACCUCCCCUCCUCUUCUUCUACACUCCUCCUCUUCUCCUCUCCCUCCUGCCUAUGAGUGGCCUGAUACGGCGGAUGGAUGGAUGGAUGUAUAUAUCGAUGGAUGGAUGGAUGGAUCUGAGCUGUGUCUGUACAGGCAAUAAAAUGGGAAUAUGCACUGUGUGACCCGUGGCAGUGUUGCUAGGCAGGCAGGAUGCAUUGUGUUUCAACAACACAGACUGCAUUCCUGUUGUGUUGUGGGAGUUUGGGUUGUGUAAUAGUCUUGUGUUCCUUUGCAGGCCAGCCUGGGUGGGAGGCUACGCAUGAUUGUAACUGGAGCUGCUCCGGCCUCCCCCACUGUACUGGGGUUUCUCAGGGCUGCACUGGGUUGUCAGGCAAGGGACACAAACACACACACACACACACACACACACAUGCCUGCAUAAACACACACACGCAGCUGCAUGCAUAAGCAUACACAUGCACGCACACACACACACACGCACGUGUGUUGACAAAGAAACAAACACAUGCAGACACAAACUCACAUGGACAUGAGUGCACACAGACAAACCAUCAGGCUGAUCAUAUCACAUCCUGCUAACAUCCUAUCUGUCCUGGCUGUUUGUAGGUGUAUGAGGCAUAUGGCCAGACAGAGUGUACUGCUGGCUGUACUUUCACCACUCCUGGAGACUGGACCUCAGGUGACCUUAUCUCUCCUCUCCUCUCCUCUCCUCUUUUCUCCUCUCCUGUUCUCUCCUCUUCUCUUCAACCUGUCAACAGCUGUUCCACUCCCAGUACACCCAAGUAGUGCACUAUAUAUAGAGAGCAGUUUGGGACGCACUCCUACAGUAGGCCAGGGAGCAAGAGUGCCUUUAUGACAUCUGAGUACAGUCAGUUCUAGUCCAUGCCUGUUUACAGUUUUUCUCGAUUGCUAAGACACAUUUCUUGAAAGCUUCUCUCCUUUUCUCUUAACUGUGAACACAAAACCCAAUUUUCAAGCUACAUUCACAAAACCUCAGACUCUUCUUGCAAAACCAAACUUUCACCUCAAAACAGUUCAAUCUGUGCUCAAAACUGAACUAUGUUGUCAAAUCGUGCCCCGAGUCAAUCAAAAUAAAAAACACUACUGAACAGUCACUAAACACUACGUAGAAAAAUAGAAAACACAAUGCUCAGGACAUGAAGCUGGAGAAAUAAAUGUUUAUUGUUCACUGUAGGCUAAAUGCAUGUUGCAAAACAAAAAAAAAACUGUGCAUUUAGCACUUGUACAAAAAGACAAAACAGAAAUAUUGUGCAUUUACAUGUAGCACUUGUAAAAACAAACAGAAAUCUUAUGCGUUUGCCACUUGUGUACAGUAAGCCCAUGUAAAAAUAAAGUACAAAAAUAUACAAAUAAGUGCAUUACUCAGCCACAGCAUCAUGUCUCCGUACUGGGUCAGGCCAUAGGACUUCAUCCACAUCACAGGCCACAUUUUGUCUGGCCAGGCAACGGGGGAAAAAACCCCUGGCAUGCCGUAUCCAGGCUUGGCAUGCCUCCACACCUAUGUCACCACAGGCAAGUCCCAUGGCUUGCAGGAGAUUUACCCUGGUGUAAGGUUGGCAUUCAUAUACCUUCCACCGCCAUGAGGAGAAUAAUUCCUCAAUGGGGUUUAGGAAAGGGGAGUACUCUCUCUCUUUCAGUGUUACCCAACGCUUAGGUUUACCUCCACUUUACUCAUGUCCUUCCAUAUCCUUGUCUGUACAUAAUGCCCUGAAUCUUUUCUACAAUGCCCGGAGAACUGCCCCCUUUAUUCUCUGUACCCAACGCACUAGAAGACCAGUUCUUAAAGCCUUUAGCCGUAUCCUUAUUCUAAUCCUCCUCUGUUCCUCUGGUGAUGUAGAGGCUAACCCAGGCCCUGCAGCCCUCAGUAUCACUCCUACACCCCAGGAGCUAUCAUUUGUUGACUUCUGUAAUCGCAAAAGUCUUGGUUUCUUGCACAUAAAUAUCAGAAGUCUACUUCCUAAGUUUGAGUUAUUCACUGCGUUAGCACACUCUGCCAACCCUGAUGUUCUAGCAGUGUCUGAAUCCUGGCUCAGGAAGGCCACCAAAAAUUCUGAAAUUUCCAUCCCCAACUACAACAUUUUCCGUCUAGAUAGAACUGCCAAAGGGGGUGGAGUUGCAAUCUACUGUAGAGAUAGCCUGCAGAGCUCUAUCAUACUAUCCAGGUCUGUGCCCAAACAGUUUGAGCUUCUACUUCUAAAAAUCCACCUUUCCAGAAAUAAGUCUCUCACUGUUGCCGCUUGCUACAGACCCCCCUCAGCCCCCAGCUGUGCCCUGGACACCAUAUGUGAACUGAUUGCCCCCCAUUUAUCCUCUGAGUUUGUACUGCUUGGUGACCUAAAUUGGGAUAUGCUUAAUACCCCAGCCAUCCUACAAUCCAAGCUAGAUGCCCUCAACCUCACGCAAAUUAUCAACGAACCUACCAGGUACAACCCUAAAUCCUUAAACAUAGGUACCCUCAUAGAUAUCAUCCUGACUAACAUACCCUCUAAAUACACCUCAGCUGUCUUCAACCAGGAUCUCAGCGAUCACUGCCUUAUUGCCUGCGUCCGUAACGGGUCCGCGGUCAAACAACCACCCCUCAUCACUGUCAAACGCUCCCUAAAACACUUUAGCGAGGAGGCCUUCCUAAUUGACCUGGCCCAGGUAUCCUGGAUGGAUAUAGAUCUCAUUCCGUCAGUAGAGGAUGCCUGGUUGUUCCUUAAAAGUAAUUUCCUCUCAAUCUUAAAUAAACAUGCCCCUUUCAAAAAAUACAGAACUAAGAACCGAUAUAGCCCCUGGUUCUCCUCAGACUUGACUGCCCUUGACCAGCACAAAAACAUCCUGUGGCGUACAGCAUUAGCAUCAAAUAGCCCCCGCGAUAUGCAACUUUUCAGGGAAGUUAGGAACCAAUAUACACAAGCAGUCAGGAAAGCAAAGGCUAACUUUUUCAAACAGAAAUUUGCAUCCUGUAGCACUAACUCCAAAAAGUUUUGGGACACUGUAAAGUCCAUGGAGAAUAAGAGCACUUCCUCCCAGCUGCCCACUGCACUGAGGCUAGGAAACACUAUCACCACCGAUAAAUCUACAAUAAUCGAGAAUUUCAACAAGCAUUUUGCUACAGCUGGCCAUGCUUUCCAUCUGGCUACCACUAACCCGGCCACCAACUCUGCACCCUCUGCUGCAACUUGCCCAUGCCCACCCCGCUUCUCCUUCACACAAAUUCAGACAGCUGAUGUUUUGAAAGCGCUGCAAAAUCUGGACCCCUACAAAUCAGCUGGGCUAGACAAUCUGGACCCUUUCUUCCUAAAACUAGCCGCCGAAAUUGUCGCAACCGCUAUUACUAGUCUGUUCAACCUCUCUUUCAUAACGUCUGAGAUCCCCAGAGAUUGGAAAGCUGCCGCGGUCAUCCCCCUCUUCAAAGGGGGUGACACUCUAGAUCCAAACUGCUACAGACCUAUAUCCAUCCUGCCCUGCCUUUCGAAAGUUUUCGAAAGCCAAGUUAAUAAACAGAUCAUCGACCAUUUCGAAUACCACCGUACCUUCUCCGCUAUGCAAUCUGGUUUCCGAGCUGGUCACGGGUGCACUUCAGCCACGCUCAAGGUCCUAAACGAUAUUAUAACCGCGAUUGAUAAUAGACAGUACUGUGCAGCCGUCUUCAUCGACCUGGCCAAGGCUUUCGACUCUGUCAACCACCGCAUUCUUAUUGGCAGACUAAAUAGCCUUGGUUUCUCAAAUGACUGCCUCGCCUGGUUCACCAACUACUUCUCAGAUAGAGUUCAGUGUGUCAAAUCGGAGGGCCUGUUGUCUGGACCUAUGGCAGUCUCUAUGGGGGUGCCACAGGGUUCAAUUCUUGGGCCGACACUUUUCUCCGUGUAUAUCAAUGAUGUCGCUCUUGCUGCUGGUGACUCUCAGAUCCACCUCUACGCAGACGACACCAUUUUGUAUACAUCUGGCCCUUCAUUGGACACUGUGUUAACAAACCUCCAAACAAGCUUCAAUGCCAUACAACAAUCCUUCAGUAGCCUUCAACUGCUCUUAAACACUAGUAAAACUAAAUGCAUGCUUUUCAAUCGAACGCUGCUAGCACCCGCCCACCCGACUAGAAUCACCACUCUCGACGGGUCUGACCUAGAGUAUGUGGACAACUACAAAUACCUAGGUGUCUGGUUAGACUGUAAACUCAACUUCCAGACUCACAUAAAGAAUCUCCAAUCCAAAGUUAAAUCUAGGAUCGGCUUCCUAUUUCGCAACAAAGCCUCCUUCACUCAUGCUGCCAAACAUGCCCUCGUAAAACUGACUAUCCUACCGAUCCUUGACUUCGGCGAUGUCAUUUAUAAAAUAGCCUCCAACACUCUACUCAGCAAAUUGGAUGUAGUCUAUCACAGUGCCAUCCGUUUUGUCUCCAAAGCCCCAUACACUACCCACCACUGUGACCUGUACGCUCUUGUUGGCUGGUCCUCACUACAUGUUCGUCGUCAAACCCACUGGCUCCAGGCCAUCUAUAAAUCACUGCUAGGCAAAUCCCCGCCUUAUCUUAGCUCAUUGGUCACCAUAGCAGCACCCACCCGUAGUCUGCGCUCCAGCAGGUAUAUCUCACUGGUCAUUCCCAAAGCCAACACCUCCUUUGGCCGCCAUUCCUUCCAGUUCUCUGCUGCCAAUGACUGGAACGAAUUGCAAAAAUCUCUGAAGCUGGAGACUCUUAUCUCCCUCAAUAACUUUAAGCAUCAGUUGUCAGAGCACCUUACCGAUCACUGCACCUGUACACAGCCCAUCUGAAAUUAGCCCACCCAACUACCUCAUCCCUAUAUUGUUAUUUAAUUUGCUCUUUUGCACCCCAUUAUCUCUAUUUGCACAUAAUCUCUUGCACAUCUAGCAUUCCAGUGUUAAUACUAUUGUAAUUAUUCUGCACUACAGCCUAUUUAUUGCCUUACCUCCAUAACUUGCUACAUUUGCACACACUGUAUAUAUAUUUUCUGUUGUAUCUCUGACUUUAUGUUUAUUUUUUUUUACCCCAUAUGUAACUCUGUGUUGUUUUUUGUUGCACUACUUUGCUUUGUCUUGGCCAGGUCACAGUUGUAAAUGAGAACCUGUUCUCAACUGGUUUACCUGGUUAAAUAAAGGUGAAAUAAAAUAAAAUAAAGUACGGUGGAAGGCAAAGAUUGAUAAAACCUUGGUUCAUAUUGUACCACUCUCUAACCUGGAGGGCUCUGUGAAAACUCACAUUGUCCCAAACAACAACAUAGAUGGGAUGCUCAUCCUGCUGCCCUAACAAAGCAUCUCGCAUGUGAUUGAGGAAAAUGAGGAGCUGGUGAGUGUUGUAGGGCCCCAGGUUGGCAUGAUGGUGGACAACCCCAUGAUUGCUGAUGGCAGCACAUAAUGUGACAUUGCCACCACGCUGCCCAGGAACACCAACAAUGGCCCGAUGGCCAAUCACAUUACGGCCUCUCCUUCUCCUUUUGGUGAGAUUAAACCCAGCUUCAUCCAUGUAGAUGUAUUGAUGGGGUCUUUCCAUUGCAUCCAGUUGAAAAACCCUCUGUAGAAAUAGAUAUAGUUUUGUAAGUGAUACGGAAAAAGUGAUUUAGGCCACUACAGUAAAUCACUACUUAGAGUAAUCAACAUUGAAUGUGUCUGGAUAUAUGCCAACCUGUACAUACUGGAAUCUUUGCUCUUUGACUCUGUCUGAGUUGCGAUCAAAGGGCACUCUGUAUAGCUGUUUCAUGCGCAGUCUGUUGCGCUUGAGGACACGAUCAACAGUAGAGAGGCUGACACUGUUGAUACCCUCAAAAUUUAAAUGGUCCUCAAUGAUCUUCUGCUGAAUUUCGCUCAGUUUAAUGGCAUUGUUCUCACGGACCAUAUCAACAAUUAUGGUCUCUUGGUGUGGGGAGAACAUACCUGUCCUCCCACCCCCAUGUGGCAGUCUUUCAAUUCUACAAAAAGAGAACAUGGAGUUACAAAAAAUAUACAUGGAAUACUAGGCCUACAAACAGUUAGACCAACCCUCCAUUACAAUACUACAGUACAUUGGUACAGUGAUGUACUGAAACAUAUAUUUACAUACAGUAUACUGUGGUACAGUAUAUAGUAUGUCAUACAGUAAUUGCUGUCAACAUUUACAUACUGUACUAUAAUGUCAAAAAAAGGUAAUUACCUGUUCUCUUCUCUAAAUCUUCGGAUUAUGGUGGACACAGUGAAUCUACUGAUGUUUGGUUGUACCCUUUGUGUGGUACAGUAUAUAGUAUGUCAUACAGUAAUUGCUGUCAACAUUUACAUACUGUACUAUAAUGUCAAAAAAAGGUAAUUACCUGUUCUCUUCUCUAAAUCUUCGGAUUAUGGUGGACACAGUGAAUCUACUGAUGUUUGGUUGUACCCUUUGUCCAGCCUCCCUCAUGCUCAUACCAUGGACAAGAACAUGGUCAAUCAUAGUAGCUCUGAUUUCAUCAGAUAUUACUGUUCUUUGUCUUCGCUGACCACCUCGACCACCUCGACCUCCUCUCACACGAACUCUUCCUCUCAGAUUUCUAUCCAUUGUAGGGCCUCACAAACCAGUGCUCUCUGAACUGGCUUACUGUAUAUGUUCCCUCACAUCAUUAGCCACAAGUGUGAUCAAUUUUGAGUUGUUGUGUUCAAGUGGUGACACCUGUGCUCUAAUUGUGUUUGACUUUUGUCACCUGUGCUCACCAUUAUGCAGCACGGGUGCAUCACAAUGAAAAUGUGUUGGCAAGUUAUGUCUAAACAGGUGAAAAGUGCUUAUGGUUUUGCCAAAAGAGUGAUUGAUUCAAUCAGUGGGUUCAGGCAACUGAGCAUUUGGUUCAGACAAUAGGGUUUAGUGUUUUAGCAAUUGAGAAAAACUGUAAAAGCCUUAUACUUCACCACUGGGGUGAAAGUCUCAGAGGUUUUACAACGGUGGAAACACAAGCACACAGAGAUAACACGCUGUGUGUUGGGGAAACAUUAUAGUGUGACUGACUGUAGCUGCUGCUGCUGACUGAUGCCAAUAUCAACAAGGCCCUCCAUGUCCUGAGGAGAUGGGGUUAUGAGUCAGGAUCACAUACUUUCAGCGGAAGCACCGACGCAACACGUAAUAUACAGCUGAAGCGAACUCCUUCCUCCACCGCACGUAAGUGCUUUCAGCUUCAGACUCACACAAACAAACACAGGCUUUGAGGUUCUCACUGUUUUUAGCUCUGUGGCUUCCGGCUGGCUGCAGGUGUCACGGCCACAACCAUUUCCCCUCUGUAAUGUGUGAUAACAGGGGCAACUGGUCGGGAGGCCUAAUUACAGUUAGGUCAAAGACCUGUGGAUCGCAGACAGUAUUUACCCACGUACUGUGCUGUGGUACAACACGUUGGCAGUUUCGGUAUGACAACCCAACCAUGCAACAGACACUUUAUUGUCUCUGUGAAACAGCCAUGGCCAAAGGUUACACUGGUAAUAUAUUGAGCUGCAGUACAUUUGAAUGGAUGCUAUAGUAGCUGUAACACCUGAACCACCUAUCAACCCAUUGAACCAUCGUUUGCGUCCCAAAUGGCACCCUAUUCCCUAUAUAAGAGCCCUAUGGGCCCAGGUCAAAAGCAGUGCACCAUAUAAGGAAUUGGGUGUAAUUUGGAAUACAGCCAUGAUCUCCUGUCUGCCUAGUAAUGUCAUUACUUAUUACAUAUUAUUUAAUGAUGCAGACUUUGCAAGGUCUAGCAAAAGUUUCUAGUCCAAGGACCACUCAAAACCCGCCCGCAAGGCCUGAAAACGUUGUUGUUUUUUCAGCAAGAGGAGUUGCCAAAUAGGUGUCUCCAUAAUGACAAUCUAGGUUGACUGAGUUUUAUUUCUCAUUUACAGCAACAACCUGGUAAAUAUUUACAGGGGAGAGGAGGGUGGAUGAAUGAGCCAAUUGGAAGCUGGGGAUGAUUAGGUGGACAUAUUGGGAAUUUAGCCAGGACACCAGGCUUAACACACCUACUCUUACAUUAAGCGCCAUAGGAUCUUUAGUGACCACAGACAGUCAGGAAACCCAUUUAAUAUCCCAUCCGAAAAACAGCACCCUACACAGGGCAAUGUCCCCAAUCACUGCCCUGAGGGAUUGGAUUUUUGUUUUUGACCAGAUGAAAGAGUGCCUCCUAUUGGCCCUCCAUCACCACUUCCAGCAGCAUCUGGUUUCCCAUCCAGGACCAACCCUGCUUAGCUUCAGAAGCAAGCCAGCAGUGGGAUGCAGGGUGGUAUGCUGCAGGGUGGUAUGCUGCAGGAUGGUAUGCUGCAGGAUGGUAUGCUGCAGGGUGGUAUGCUGCAGGAUGGUAUGCUGCAGGGUGGUAUGCUGCAGGGUGGUAUGCUGCAGGAUGGUAUGCUGCAGGGUGGUAUGCUGCAGGGUGGUAUGCUGCAGGAUGGUAUGCUGCAGGGUGGUAUGCUGCAGGGUGGUAUGCUGCAGGGUGGUAUGCUGCAGGGUGGUAUACUGCAGGGUGGUAUUGCUUACAUAAAAAAUGUUUUUGUGUGAUCUUGAUCAAGGGAUCGUAAGCUACUCUGGACUUAUAUAGGCCCUGUGCAUUAUACUCCUCUGCACUAUAAAUACAUAUGGAACUAGUGCUGUUAUUCGUUUGUUGUUCUCACAAUACUUGUCAUGACGUGCACAUGUGCUGCUCUCCCUCACCCACGUGACUCAGCUGCCUGCUGCCUGCUGCAGCCUCUCUCAACACAAGGCCCUCCCCCUCCAUCAAUACCACUCACUCACUCAGCAACCGACUGCCCCACUACCUGAUUAUCAGUAGCAGCAGGUCACAGUGAAAUAAAUAGAUUCAAAAAGAUAUAUGAUAAUCCCAUGGCAGCGGCGGUACAAUUUAGAAGUAGCCCAAAAACCCGCGACCAAUACAUUUUCACCCGCGACAUUGUUUUCAAAGUAGUUAAAUUGGCAGGAAAAACGUGGACAUGGCAACCCUGAUCAGUACACUCUCUUAAUAAGGCACUGUGCUCUUACAGUACCUGGGCAGUGGGGCAGCCCACUUUUAGUUUGGCAACAGACACAACUGAAUGUGUGUGGAUGACAUUCAGGGGUCUCAGUGGGGAAUAACAAUUUCAGAUCUUCACACACCCUAUAAUUGGAAAAUAUUAUCCAACUGCUCCCCCUACUGGUUUGAUUCUAUAUUUUCGUAUUUUCAGCUUCACUUUGCUGCUUGGCUUGAUACUGUAUAAAUGCAUCAUUUUUGGUGGCAGCCAAUUUACUAUGUAAUGACUUCAGUCAAACAAAUUAAGACAUGACUUCACAGCUGUCUGUACACUCGAUUUGUUUCUAAUACUUCUCCUUGGUUUGAUGACUAACUCUAGGUCAUGUUGGGGCACCAUUGCCAUGUAACCUCAUCAAGCUGGUGGAUGUGGCUGAGAAGAACUACUUUGCAUGCAAGGGAGAAGGAGAGGUGAGUUCAAUAAAUCAUCAUGGAUAUUUUAGGAUAAUCCCUAUUUGAACAGGGCCAUAGACAAUUGAUCACUGAGGCUAUGUAAACAUUGGUCAAUGUGAUAGUUGGGUGCUGAACACAUUCUCUUUCAUUCUCACUCUGUGGCUGUCUCCCUCUCGCUGAUCAUCCAUUAGGUGUGUGUGAAAGGACCCAAUGUUUUCAAGGGCUAUCUCAAAGACCCUGAGAGGACUGCUGAAACCCUGGACACAGACGGUUGGCUCCACACCGGAGACAUAGGGAAAUGGUUACCUGUUCGUACACAUGCUUGUUUAUGACCCUUCCCUUGAAAAUACCUUUCCUCAAACAUCUAUUUGCCUUCCUUGUGUUAUGUACCCUCAAUAUUAGGGCCAAAUCCUAACUUGACAUUCACAAGUAUCUCAAUUAAAAUGUAAGGUAUGAGCAUAUUUUUGACGUCUGCCCUCCUCUCCUCUCCUCAGAAUGGUACACUAAAGAUCAUUGACAGGAAGAAGCACAUCUUUAAGCUGGCCCAGGGAGAGUACAUCUCUCCUGAGAAGAUAGAGAACAUUUACAUCCGCUGUGAGCCCGUGACCCAGCUCUACGUCCAUGGUGACAGCCUACAGGUGAUCUCCCUAACCACUUCGUUGUUAUCGCAUGACAGCCCAUGGUAAGAGUUGUUUGGGCAUUAUCAUUAAAGAUGGGCACUGGACCCAGAACCACUGGCACACAGCUAGACAUUAGCAUAAUACAAAAAAUCCCCAUAUAAAUCUGCCAGUUUAAGCUAGAGAUAUUUUUUUAUUUUUUUUGCAAUCUGCACUUCCGCAUCUGCGGUGAAAGGUGGCAGAGCUCGAGCGGUGUUUGUCAGACCAUGAGACAUCUCGAAAAUUGGUCUUCUCACAAAAUCAGGUAACACUUACUUGACACCCAGCAUCAUAACACGUUAUGACACAGUCAUAAUAUGUCAUAACAGCUGACAUAACUUGUCAUAACCAGUCAUAAUAUGGUCAUAACACUGUCAUGACACAUAUAUUUAGAACUGUUGUGACAUACUGUAUAUUGCAUGAUUUUAUCACUGAUUAUGACACCUACAUAAGAGUGUCAAAACCCACAAAACAUGCACCUACCCCAAUGCUCUGUUGCUUAUGAGCAGAUUUCAGGAACAUGAUAAGGCACCAUCUUUUUGACUGAUGACUGACAUAAGGUCAUGGUCACGAUGCUUCUUGACCGUGUCAUAAAGUGUAUUUUCUUAGUCCAAGUAAAGUGACACAGGAGGGUCAUAAUGCUUCUUGACAGUGUCAUAAAGUGCAUUUUCUUAGUCCAAGUAAAGUGACACAGGAUGGUCAUAAUGCUUCAUGAAAGUGUCAUAAAGUGUAUUUUCAGCAGGUUAUUUAAAAUAUGAUGGAAAAAAACACAACUGUAAAUAAUUAAUUACAACAACAACAAAGGACUUAAGAAACAAACUUUUAAACAAAAGGAAACUUCUUGGCAGGGAAAUAAAUAAUUUGAAUAAAUGUGAGUUUUGACACUCUUAUGUAGGUGUCAUAACCAGCCAUAUAAUAACACAAUAUAUGUCACAACAGGUGUAAAUAUGGGUCAUGACAGUGUUAUGACCAUAUUAUGACCGGUUAUGACCGUGUCAUAAUGUGUUAUGAGGCUGUGUUUCAAGUAAAGUCUUAACCAAAAUCGUCUCUAGCGUCUGAACGGUUUGACUAUUAUGGCCCCUCUGUGGAAAGAUGACACUCUCACCAACACAAUGGUGUUCUCAGUUUUGCGCUACGGCCUCCACAAGAGUCUUGGGACUCGCCUGAAGAUCUGCCAACUUCUGUCUGUAGCGUCCGAACAGUUUGGGCUUCCCACUAAUAUGACCCCUCUAUGGAAAGGUGAGACUCUCACGAACACGAAUAUGUUGUUUUGCUCUAGGACGCCCACAGGCCUCACAAGACUCAUCUGAAGGUCCCCCGUACCAGUUGGAAAUAUUAAUGGAAGUAUACUGAACUAAAAUAUAAACCCAUGUCACGGUUUCGGCCGAGGCUGCUCCUCCUCCUUGCUCGGGCAGGCUUCGGCGGUCGUCGUCCCCGGAGUACUAGCUACCACCGUUGUAUGUUAUCGAUGUUUGUUUGGUUUUGUCUUCUUUGUACACCUGUUCCCUGUUAGUGUUAAUUAUGUAUCCUAUAAGUUUCUCGUUUGUUAGUCGUGUGUUGUGUGUAAUUGUUCCGCCUGUCUGUUGGUGCUGUCCUUUUGUCUAUUGCUUGUUUAGGACCGUCGCACUGUUUUCGUGCGCUAUCAGUAUUUUGGUGUUUUACGCACUGUUGCGUAAUCGUUCGCCUCCGGGUUUGUUUAGGCCCGUUUUGUUAUUUUUUGUCGUCUAGUAAAGUCUGGUUAGACUAAGCUUCUGUGUCCUGCGCUUGAUUCCUACACCACAUCUACAUCAGCCUCCUGACAGAGCAACACGUUUAGUGUUGGUCCCAUGUUUCAUGAGCUGAAAUAAAAGAUUCCAGAAAUUGUCCAUAUGCACAUUUAUUUCUCUAAAAUGUUGUGCACAAAUUUGUUUACAUCCCUGUUAGUGAGCAUUUCUCCUUUGCCAAGAUAAUCCAUCCACCUGACAUGUGUGGCAUAUGAAGAAGCUGAUUAAACAGCAUGAUCAUUACACAGGUGCAUCUUGUGCUGGGGACAAUAAAAGACCACUCUAAAAUGUACAGUUCUGUCACACAACACAAUGCCACAGAUGUCUCAAGUUUUGAGGGAGUGUGCAAUUGGCAUGCUGACUGCAGGAAUGUCCACCAGAGCAGUUGCCAGAGAAUUGAUUGUUAAUUUCUCUACCAUAAGCCUCCUCCAACUUCGUUUUAGAGAAUUUAGCAGUCCGUCCAACCAGCCUCACAACCGCAGACCACCUGUAUAGUAUUGUGUGGGCGAGCGGUUUGCUGAUGUCAACAUUGUGAACAGAGUGCCCAAUGAUGGCGGUGUGGUUAUGGUAUGGGCAGGCAUAAACUACGGAUAACGAACACAAUUGCAUUUAUCGAUGGCAAUUUGAAUGCACAGAGAUACCGUGACAAGAUCCUGAGGCCCAUUGUCAUGCCAUUCAUCAGCCGCCAUCACCUCAUGUUUCAGCAUGAUAAUGCACGGCCCCAUGUCGCAAGGAUCUGUACACAAUUCCUGGAAGCUGAAAAUGUCCCAGUUCUUCCAUGGCCUGCAUACUCACCAGACAUGUCACCCAUUGAGCAUGUUUGGGAUGCUCUGGAUCGACAUGUACGACAGCGUGUUCCAGUUCCCACCAAUAUCCAGCAACUUCAACCAGCCAUUGAAGAGGAGUGGGACAACAUUCCACAGGCCACAAUCAACAGCUUGAUCAACUCUAUGCGAAGGAGAUGUGUGGCGCUACAUGAGGCAAAAAAUGUUUAAGGUACAGUGGGGGAAAAAAGUAUUUAGUCAGCCACCAAUUGUGCAAGUUCUCCCACUUAAAAAGAUGAGAGAGGCCUGUAGUUUUCAUCAUAGGUACACGUCAACUAUGACAGACAAAUAGAGAUUUUAUUUCUCCAGAAAAUCACAUUGUAGGAUUUUUAAUGAAUUUAUUUGCAAAUUAUGGUGGAAAAUAAGUAUUUGGUCACCUACAAACAUGCAAGAUUUCUGGCUCUCACAGACCUGUAACUUCUUCUUUAAGAGGCUCCUCUGUCCUCCACUCGUUACCUGUAUUAAUGGCACCUGUUUGAACUUGUUAUCAGUAUAAAAGACACCUGUCCACAACCUCAAACAGUCACACUCCAAACUCCACUAUGGCCAAGACCAAAGAGCUGUCAAAGGACACCAGAAACAAAAUUGUAGACCUGCACCAGGCUGGGAAGACUGAAUCUGCAAUAGAUUAGCAGCUUGGUUUGAAGAAAUCAACGGUGGGAGCAAUUAUUAGGAAAUGGAAGACAUACAAGAUCACUGAUAAUCUCCCUCGAUCUGGGGCUCCACGCAAGAUCUCACCCCGUGGGGUCAAAAUGAUCACAAGAACGGUGAGCAAAAAUCCCAGAACCACACGGGGGGACCUAGUGAAUGACCUGCAGAGAGCUGGGACCAAAGUAACAAAGCCUACCAUCAGUAACACACUACGCCGCCAGGGACUAAAAUCCUGCAGUGCCAGACGUGUCCCCCUGCUUAAGCCAGUACAUGUCCAGGCCCGUCUGAAGUUUGCUAGAGUGCAUUUGGAUGAUCCAGAAGAGGAUUGGGAGAAUGUCAUAUGGUCAGAUGAAACCAAAAUAGAACUUUUUGGUAAAAACUCAACUCGUCGUGUUUGGAGGACAAAGAAUGCUGAGUUGCAUCCAAAGAACACCAUACCUACUGUGAAGCAUGGGGGUGGAAACAUCAUGCUUUGGGGCUGUUUUUCUGCAAAGGGACCAGGACGACUGAUCCGUGUAAAGGAAAGAAUGAAUGGGGCCAUGUAUCGUGAGAUUUUGAGUGAAAACCUCCUUCCAUCAGCAAGGGCAUUGAUGAUGAAACAUGGCUGGGUCUUUCAGCAUGACAAUGAUCCCAAACACACCGCCCGGGCAACGAAGGAGUGGCUUCGUAAGAAGCAUUUCAAGGUCCUGGAGUGGCCUAGCCAGUCUCCAGAUCUCAACCCCAUAGAAAAUCUUUGGAGGGAGUUGAAAGUCAGUGUUGCCCAGCGACAGCCCCAAAACAUCACUGCUCUAGAGGAGAUCUGCAUGGAGGAAUGGGCCAAAAUACCAGCAACAGUGUGUGAAAACCUUGUGAAGACUUACAGAAAACGUUUGACCUGUGUCAUUGCCAACAAAGGGUAUAUAACAAAGUAUUGAGAAACUUUUGUUAUUGACCAAAUACUUAUUUUCCACCAUAAUUUGCAAAUAAAUUCAUUAAAAAUCCUACAAUGUGAUUUUCUGGAGAAAAGAAAUCUCAUUUUGUCUGUCAUAGUUGACGUGUACCUAUGAUGAAAAUUACAGGCCUCUCUCAUCUUUUUAAGUGGGAGAACUUGCACAAUUGGUGGCUGACUAAAUACUUUUUUCUCCCACUGUAUCUGUGACCAACAGAUGCAUAUCUGUAUUCCCAGUCAUGUGACAUCCAUAGAUUAGGGACUAAUGAAUUUAUUUAAAUUGACUGUUACUCAGUAAAAUCUUUGAAAUUGUUUCAUGUUGCGUUUAUAUUUUUGUACAGUGUAUAUACGGAGACUGUUUAGUGCCAAACAUAAGAGGUUAAUUAAAUGUAAAAAUAAAAAAUAACAAAACCUUCCUGAUCUUUCUUAAAUCUCUCAGAUAUAGGACAGACACUUCAGAACAAACUUCCUUUAGAUUUUUUGUUGGGACUAUCUGUUGUUCCAUAUAGUGAAUAUGUUAUUCAAUGAGUUUAUAUGGGCUAAUAGCAGUAAGGCCAACAUUUUUUUUUUAUCAAAUAAUUUUUGUUGACAUUUUUUGGAUACUUCAAGGGAUCUUAAAAUUCAAAAUCAAAUAGCUAAAUGAUCCUUGGUAUGACUUUCUUAAAACAAUUCCAUAUAGCUUAGUAGAACCCCCCCCCCUCUCCUCCUCCGGCUUAGACAGGGCAUAGACUGUAAUGGGUUAAAGCCACAGUUUAUGCUGGAUACUGUUUAUGUACAGCUGGUUUCAUAGAGAGACACAUACUUACUUAAGCCCAUCGAGAGAGAGAAAGAGAGAGCGAUAAAGACAGACAACAUCUGAUUAUUUCUCAUUUCUAAAGGUUACUUGGUGUGUUUCUCUUCCAGUCCUGUCUGGUUGCCAUAGUUGUUCCUGACCCAGAGACGAUGCCUGCCUGGGCCCUGAAGAAAGGCAUGGAGGGGAGCUAUCGGGACCUCUGUAAAAAUACUGUAUGUGAUUUCAAUCCCAUCGUCUACAUUCAAUGGCGUUUUCAUUCUGUUUGUUGCCAUGAUGAAGGAGAGGGUUGAAAUAAUCAACUAUGUGAAUAGAUGUGAAUAGAUUGACGUAAUCAAAAGAAAGGAUUCCUGUUGCACACCAUUAAUGUGUAGGUACUGCGCUUUAGAGAAAGAUCAUCAGAUCCUCAGAUCCUGAGUAAACUGAGUAAAGAAAAGGAAAGGGCAACUUGUUGAACCCUUUUAGUUGCACCCUGUCCUUUUGUUGAAUAGACCGACAUAACAUAAUACAUGGUAUUGUCUUAGAGUUAUGGUAUGGUGUCUUGUCUGUGUUUGUGUAAAGGUCCUGAAGAAAGCCAUCAUGGAAGACUUGCAGCGACUGGGAAAGGCCAGUGGCCUCCACUCGUUUGAGCAGGUGUGUGUGUGCGUGUGUCAAUUGUGAGGUGUUCAUUGGUGAGGGCAAAUGACAACUGUCUGAAAGAGAAUUGCUAGAUGAUGAUGACAAACAGCUGAUAUGCACACUUGACCUGACAAAGGAUCUAAUGUAUUCUGUCUCUCCCAAGGUGAAAAACAUAUACAUCCAUAACGAGCAGUUCUCCAUACAGAAUGGCUUGUUGACUCCCACAUUAAAAGCGAAGAGACCCGAGCUGAGGGAGUUUUUUAAGGAGAAGAUCGAAGACCUGUACGAAAACAUCUCCAUGUGA